CCCCCGCCCCAGAGAAGCGGCGCUUGCGGCGAUCGCCCGGCGUCUCCGCACUACCCGCUAACUAUUCGCAAUCGACCGACGUCUUGGUUGUUGGACUGGGUUAUAAUGACUUGACUUCUGCUAAAUGAACCCGUGGACUAGUAUAAGUUUUUCGCAGUGGCGUUUUUAUUUCAUAUCGGGCGAGCACCGCUAAGGACCUAUAGCGUCGAGUGAGAGUUUUUUUCGUGCGUGUGGCUGCGGUGGCGUGAUGGAGAAGCAGUCGAGGUGGUCGGAGCAACGCUCCCUGCAGCAGCACUCCGAGCGCCGCGAGCAGAUCGUGCAGCAGCAGGAGCGCAUCCAGCACUUCACUCAGAUGCUGACACAGCAAGUUGGAACUGUUGGUGGCGAUCGUGUACCCAUCACUGCUGGAAGGCCAGGAGAACCGUCUCCGCCUAUAUUCGAACAAAUAUUUAAAAAUGCUAGAUUUGCCCAAGGCGGUAAUGCCAAAUUCGAAGGGAAGCUCAGAGGUAAUCCAACGCCAGUAGUAUCGUGGACCAGAAAAAAAGCACCAUUAGUAGAAUGUAAUAAGUACAGUAUGAUAUACAAUGAACAGACUGGUGAUGUAUCGUUAUUAAUCAAACAAAUUGGACCCGGUGAUGAGGGAGAAUAUACAUGCACAGCAAGAAACCAGUAUGGUGAAGCUAUCUGCUCUGUGUACAUUCAACCCGAGGGUGUUCCUGUCCCUACGCAACAAUCAUCUCAACAACAAAGUUACAGACAUGUAAGUGAAAGUGUUGAACAUAAGUCAUAUGGAACUCAUGAAUAUAUGACAGAACAAUCAAAACAGUCACAAAAAUUUGCUUAUACAAAUGGCACUGACCAUUCAGCUUCUGAAGAUUUUAAAGUUGAUACUUUUGAAUAUAGGCUGUUAAGAGAAGUUUCCUUUAGAGAGACAAUUACGAAAAGAUAUAUCAGUGAAAGCGAUAUUCAGGUUAGUACAGAAAUCGAUAUGUCGCUAGGACCUGUAGCUCCACCAAAAAUAACUCAAAAGCCAAGGAACUCCAAACUUCAAGAGGGAACUGAUGCACAAUUCCAAGUACAACUCUCCGGUAAUCCUAGACCUCGUACAACGUGGUUCAAGAAUGGCCAAAGACUAGUAAACUCUGCAAAACAUAAUAUAAUAAACACGAACAAUCAAACGAUACUAAGGAUAAGAAAUGUACAAAAGUCUGACUCUGGUCACUAUACCUUACUGGCUGAAAAUCCUAAUGGAUGUGUCGUUUCAUCAGCGUACCUUGCUGUCGAAUCACCUCAUGAGACGUACGUACAAGAUCAAAAAUCUCAGUACAUAAUGGAUAAUAAUCAGCAAAUUGAGACUGAAAGAAUAGAAAUUAGUGAAAAAGCUCUCGCCCCGCAAUUUGUAAAAGUCUGCCAAGAUCGUGAUGUCACGGAGGGCAAAAUGACGCGAUUCGAUUGCCGCGUCACCGGCAGACCUUACCCAGAAGUCACGUGGUUCAUUAAUGAUAGACAAAUUCGAGAUGACUACAAUCAUAAAAUUCUAGUUAACGAAUCUGGUAAUCACGCUCUUAUGAUUACCAAUGUCGACCGUAGUGAUAGUGGUGUAGUAACAUGUGUCGCAAGAAAUAAAAGUGGAGAAAUUUCUUUCCAGUGUAGAUUAAAUGUAAUAGAAAGGGAACAAGUGGUCGCUCCUAAGUUCGUUGAACGUUUUAUUACUCUGAGUGUGCGUGAGGGUGAACCUGUAAUAUUGAAUGCUCGUGCUGUUGGCACGCCUACACCACGAAUCACAUGGCAGAAGGACGGUGGUCCGAUUAUACCCAAUCCUGAAUUACGAAUCAAUACCGAAGGUGGGGCCUCGACAUUGGAUAUUCCGCGAGCUAAGGCGUCGGAUGCGGCGUGGUAUCAAUGCACGGCUCAAAAUGUCGCAGGUUCCACCGCUACUCGGGCAAGGCUCUACGUUGAAGUUCCUAAGGAGCCUCCGCCUGAACAAAAACGUCUGCACUUACCUCGGCCUACAAAAAUAAUUGAGCCAGAGCCUGCACCUGGACCCGAAAUUAUAUAUUUGAGGCAUGUGGAAAGAGCUCGACCAUAUGUCCCUCCUGGCGAGGAAGAUCGAAUUUACCCACCGCCGCAGUUUAUUGUGCCUCUAAGAAGUGUCACUCAAACUGAAGGUGGAAAAAUACACUUCGAGACGAGAAUCGAACCAGUGGGUGACCCCACCAUGAAGAUAGAAUGGUUAAAGAAUGGUCAAAGUAUAGAAGCCAGUUCCAGAUUUACAUCAAUCUUUAGGUUUGGUUACAUAUCUCUUGAUAUGCUCAGUCUAAAUAUUCAGGAUAGUGGUGAAUAUACAUGUAGAGCUGUCAGCUCUACGGGCAUUGCAGAAACGAAAGCAAUGCUACAAGUUACUCCAAGAGCCACUAUUGAACGCACUAGUCAACAUCCCGAAAGUUUACAGUAUAUACAACACUUGGAAGAUUACUCUAAAUAUCAACAUCAGGAGUCUAUUGAAGAACAAAUAUCACAACGCCCACAGUUCAUAAGGCCACUUCAAGAUCUUGGCGAAUUACAGGAAGGUAGGAACGCUCACUUUGAAGCCCAAAUAACCCCUGUAAGUGAUCCAACAAUGAGAGUGGAGUGGUACAAGGAUGGCAAAUCGAUCACAGCCAGCUCGCGAAUCACAGCAAUCUUCAACUUCGGAUACGUCUCCCUUAACAUCAUGCACCUACGGGUUGAAGAUGCAGGUUCGUACACAGUUAGAGCUGUGAACAAACUGGGUGAAGCCAUCAGCACUGCAACUAUCAGAGUUGCAGCAAGAAGUACCGUAACUGAAGAUCUCGGCAUACCUGAACAGAGAAGAUACAUAGAAAAGACUGAGCAACUUGAAGCUUAUCAACAACAACAACAUGAGAGAUACUACCAAGAAGUACCUGAAAGUACACAACGACCAGAGUUUAAAACUCCUAUCAAAGAUCAGAUGAAUAUUAAGGAAGGUGGAUUUGCCCACUUUGAAGCUCGUCUUGAGCCAGUUGGGGAUUCUACAUUAAGAGUAGAGUGGUUGAAGGAUGGACGCCCCGUUGAAGCAAGUUCAAGAAUAACCACAUUCUUUAAUUUUGGAUACGUAGCCCUGACUAUUAAGUCUGUUACCAUUCACGAUGCUGGUAACUAUACGUGUCGAGCCUAUAAUGCUUUAGGCCAAGCGACAACUAGUGCUAAUUUGACAGUUGUUACAAAGAAAGAUAUUAUAGCUGAAUCUCAACACCCUGGAGGCUUAGAAAAGAUUCAAUACUUAGAAGAUUCUAGCAGGUAUUCAAAACGAUCAGAAGAAGAGGUUAAAGUAACUCAAAAGCCUAGAUUUUUGGGGCCACUUAAAGGAACAAACAAGAUUGUUGAGGGACAAAGUGCUCAUUUCGAAGCAAGAGUUGAGCCUCAGAGCGAUUUAACUAUGAUAGUUGAGUGGUACUUUAAUGGAAAGCAAAUAAAAUCAGCUAAUCGUAUUCAGACAUAUCAUGAUUUUGGCUACGUAGCCCUAGAUAUAACAAAUGUUAGGGCUGAUGAUGCUGGUGUCUACACAGUUGUUGCGAGAAAUGCUUCUGGAGAGGCUCAACUGAGCGCUUCUAUGGUAGUUGAAACGCGAUCCAGCAUCGAUACUACGAGCAUUCACCAUGGUUUAUAUGAGAAAACUCGUCAAAUGGAAGAAUCAAAGUUUGUUGAACCAAUGUACCACAUAGAAGAAAUCUCGAAAUCAAAACCAGUCUUUGUGCAACCCUUGUCAGAUCCUAAACCGAUUUCAGAGGGGAAGAACAUUCAUCUUGAAUGUCGUCUUGAGCCCAUGGGAGAUCCUACAAUGAGAGUUGAAUGGUAUCAUAACGGCAGAGCUGUUACUGUAGGCUCACGGUUUAGAACCUAUUAUGACUUCGGUUUCGUAGCUCUUGAUAUAAUUCAUGCCACAUCAUCAGAUUCUGGUGAGUACACCGUAAGAGCUGUUAAUCAUUUGGGAUCUGCACACACAUCGGCUAUGGUACGUGUAAUUGAAAGAUCUGAUAUCGUGACGGAUACUCAACAUGAACAAGCAGUUGAACAGAUCCAAAUGCUUGAAGACGCAGCGCGCCGUACCAGACAAGUGCAAGAAGAUAUAACAGUGAUGCAAGCGCCACAAUUCUCAAGAGCAUUGCACAAUAUCGAGACAAUAGAGGGAACUAACGUGCAUUUGGAAUGUCGUUUACAACCUGUGGGAGACCCAACUAUGAGAGUAGAAUGGUUCUGUAAUGGCAGGCCCAUAAAGACAGGACACCGAUUCAGGCCUGCUUAUGAAUUCGAUUACGUCGCUCUUGACCUUCUGAGUGUCUACCCGGAGGAUUCUGGUGUCUACACAUGCCAAGCCACUAAUCAGUUGGGUGAAGCGGUUACUUCAUGCGCAUUGCGGGUCAUGGCAAAAAAAGAUUUACUCUUUGAAUCCCAACACCCUUCCGGAUUGGAAAAGAUACAAUAUCUAGAAGAUGCCUCUCGAUACAAAAAAUCUGAGGUGGUCGAUGAGUCAAUUCAUGUGAAGCCGCGCUUUGUCACUAAACCAAAGUCGGUUGAAAAUGUCAAAGAAAGACAGCAUGUUCAUUUUGAAUGUAAAUUAGAACCUGUCACCGACUCAAAUUUAAAAGUCGAAUGGUUCAAGAAUGGCCAACCAGUAACUAUUGGUCACAGAUUUAGACCUAUUCAUGACUUUGGUUAUGUAGCGCUCGAUAUCAUUGAUUGUAUUGCAGAAGAUUCUGGAAUAUACACAUGUCGUGCUGUUAACUUACUUGGAACCGACGAGGUAAGCUGCAAGCUUACAUGCCGUGAAACUGCAGAUAUUAUUCGUGCCACUCAAAAUGAAGCCGGAUUAGAACAAAUACAUGUAUUAGAAGACAGAUCUCGUUACCAAAGAAGCGAUUUUGUCGACGAAGUAACGACGCAAGCGCCGUUGUUUACAACAUCUUUGAAAAACAUUGAAAUAAAAGAAGGACAACGUGCCCACUUCGAGUGUAGACUCAUUCCAGUUUCUGAUGCUACGAUGAAGGUAGAAUGGUAUCACAACAGCAAACCUCUGAAGAGUGGAUCUAGAUUUACUGAAACCAAUAAUUUUGGUUUUGUUGCGCUUGACAUCAUGUCUUGCUUACCGGAAGAUUCUGGAGUUUACACUUGUAGGGCCAUUAACGCUCUUGGAGAAGCUGUCACUUCCGCAACAGCAGUCGUACAUUCGAAAAAAUCGAUUUAUUUGGAGUCACAGCACCAAGAAGCAUUGCCGCGGUUACACCAGCUGGAAGAUACUUCGAGGCACCACAAGCCUAGCGCCCCAGAUGAUGCUGUGUCACAAGCGCCAGUAUUUACUAUGCCCAUGCGCGAUAUUAGAGUAGCUGAAAACCAAGCAGCUCACUUUGAGGCAAGAUUAAUUCCUGUUGGUGACCCAAGACUGAAAGUAGAAUGGCUCCGUAAUGGCGUACCUAUAACAGCCUCAAACCGCAUAACCACAAUGCACGACUUUGGUUAUGUUGCUCUCAAUAUGAAGUAUGUUAAUCCCGAAGAUUCAGGCACGUACACUUGCCGUGCUGUAAAUGAGUUAGGACAGGCGGUGACCUCGUCAACUUUAUUCGUACAAUCUAAAGCAUCCCUACUCUUAGAGUCCCAAAAUCAAGCGGCUCUGCAAAAAAUUCGUCAACUAGAAGACACAUCAAGAUACCAGCGUAAAGAAGAUAUAGAAGUUGCAGUUAGCCAAGCCCCUCGUUUUGUAACACAAUUGAAUGGGCCUAGCAAGUUAGUUGAAGGACAAAGUGCUCAUUAUGAAUGCAGAAUUGAGCCUUACCCAGACCCAACAAUGCGAGUUGAAUGGUACUUUAAUGGGAAGGUUCUUCAAAGUGGCCAUCGUUAUCGUACGGCCUUUGAUUUUGGCUUUGCGGCGCUCGAUAUAUUAACGGUGUAUGGGGAGGACUCUGGCGAAUACACGUGUAAAGUUAUCAAUAAUUUAGGACAAGCAACAUCGUCCAUUAACUUGAAUGUGCAAUCAAAGGAAUCAAUCAUCAGAGAUACGCAACACGAAAGUGCCUUAGAGAAGAUUCAAUACCUUGAAGAUGACAGUCGUUACAAGAAGGUGGUCCAUGACGAUAGCUUUUGUGCAGAAAAGCCCCAAUUCGGUAAACCUAUUAAGAACGCUGAAGCGCCCGAGGGUCAACCGAUACAUUUAGAGGCAACUUUAACCCCAGUAAAUGAUCCUACAAUGCGAGUUGAAUGGUACUGUAAUGGAAGGCCUAUUCAACAAGGUCAUAGAUUCAAAACAACGUAUGACUUUGGAUACGUGGCUUUAGAUGUGUUGUACGCUUACGCAGAAGAUUCCGGAACGUACAUGUGUAAAGCUACUAAUGCUGUUGGUGAAGCUGUUACCACAAGCUCUGUGAAAGUAGAUGCUAAAGCUGGCCUAUACCUUGAUACCUUAGAUGAGCAACGUCUGAGGAAGAUUCAAGAGCUGGAAAAAUAUGAAAGACCUAAGCCGACUGAGGAAGAACGACCAGGUCAAAGGCCCAUCUUCCUGACACCACUAACAAACCUUGAAAACCUGAAAGAAGGUGAUCAUGCUCAUUUCGAAUCCAGAGUUGAACCAAUCAAUGACUCUGAUCUCAAGAUCGAAUGGUUCCUUAAUGGGCAAAAAAUUAAGACUGGCCACAGAUUUAGAACGACUCAUGAUUUCGGUUAUGUUGCGUUAGAUAUUUUAUACACAUAUGCAGAGGAUUCUGGCACUUACAUGUGUAAAGCGACGAACAAACUUGGAGAAGCAGUUAAUACCUGCACGUUAAAGGUUGCAGGGCACAGAAAUAUAAUUUUAGACACUCAACAUCCUAAUGGGCUUGAGAAAAUCAGGCAGCUUGAAGCCCAAGGUCACACAUCUAGAAUGGAAGUAGAAGAACCCAAAGUAUACCCACCCAGAUUCGUGACUGAAUUGAGAGGUACCACACAUGUAUUUGAAGGACAAACUGCUCAUUUUGAGUGUCAAGUUGAACCUGUCCAUGAUCCCAACCUACGUAUAGAAUUCUACCAUAACGGUAAAGCUCUGCAAUCUGCGUCACGAUUCCAUAUCACUUUUGACUUUGGUUACGUGUCUUUGGAUAUACAGCACUGUGUACCAGAAGACGCUGGUGAAUAUUCAGUUAAAGCAAUAAACGCUCUCGGACAGUGUACUUCCACCAUAUCCAUGACAGUAACCGCAAAAGGAAGCAUUAUUUCGGAAUCUCAACGUCCAGAAGGCUUGGAAAAGAUCCGAGAAUUGGAAUCUGCUGAACCAUUUAAGCGACCGGAAAUACCAGAACCUGUGACGAGACAAAGGCCAGUGUUCACACAGCCUCUUCAGAACAUUGACAAUAUCCAGGAGGGCCAGACUGCACACUUGGAUUGUAGGUUGAUACCAGUUGGCGAUCCUACCCUUAAAGUGGAAUGGUUUAGAAACGAGAAACUUAUCGCAGACAGUUCUCGAAUAACUAAAACUCAUGACUUUGGAUUCGUGUCCAUGACAAUUAACCACGUUCGCGAUGAAGAUGAAGGAGUUUAUAUGUGUAGAGCAUCUAAUUUACUUGGAGAAGCUGUAACCACAGCUGCAAUGAAAAUAAAAACUAAAGCCGCUAUCCAAUUGGAAACGCAACAUCCAGAGGGUAUGAAAAAGAUCCAAAAGUUGGAACAACCCCAACCCAAAAAAGGCGAAGAACCUGACAGAGAAUUUGAAAAACCAAUAUUCACGCAAGUUCUUACGGGGCCUUCAGAAUUGUGGGAAGGCCAACAUGCUCAUUAUGAAGCCAGAGUGGUUCCUGUGGGUGAUCCAAGUUUACGUUUCGAAUGGUAUAUUAAUGGAGUCGAACUUAAGAUGGGUUCGAGAUUCCGUACUACUCACGAUUUCGGUUUUGUCACAUUGGACAUCAAUUCAGUUGUAUCUAAUGAUGCCGGCUUAUAUAUGUGCAAGGCUAUUAACAAGGCUGGCAGUACAGUAUCCUCAACUUCACUUAAAGUGAAAACAAAAUCUACUAUUAUUGACCAGGCGAUGCGACCUGAGUCGUGGGAGAAGAUCCAACUUAAGGAAGCAUCUAUGAACCAAGUUCCAGAGAAAUUUGUAGACUUGGGAGUACAGCAGGCACCUAUAUUUACCACACAUUUACAAAGCUAUGAUAAACUCGUUGAAGGACAACAUUUGCACCUCGAAGCCCAAGUUGAGCCACGUUCAGACCCACAUUUGAGAAUUGAAUGGUUCAAAAAUGGAGUUUCUUUAACCACAGGUUCCAGGAUUAAGAGUACUUUUGACUUUGGCUUAGUAACUUUGUCUAUUAAUAGUUUAAGACACGACGAUUCUGGUAUCUAUACCUGUAAAGCAGUAAAUCAAAUGGGAGAAGCUGUUUCUACAGCAUCAAUAAAGAUUGAAGAUCGUCAUUGGUUAAUGGGUGACACCCUUCACCCUGAAUCUUUAGACCGUAUUGGCGCUUUAGAACAACCGAAACAAACCAAACCAGAUUCUCCUGAACCUGUAUAUGAAACUCCUGUUUUUAUUACUCAUUUGAACAAUAUCCUGUGUAAAGAAGGAGACAAUAUUCAUUUCGAAUGCAAUGUGGAACCAUCGCGCGACCCGACUCUUAAAAUUGAAUGGUUCUUUAAUAAUAAGCCUUUGCCAUCGGGUACAAGAUACAAGAGUACACAUGACUUUAGUUACGUAUCGCUUGACAUAAUGCAUACGUACGAGGAGGAUUCAGGAAUAUACACAUGUAAAGCCACAAACAAUAAAGGAUCUGCUACAACUUCAGGCACCUUAAAAUGUACUGGUGAUAAGCAAAUCUAUCUUGAUACUCAACAUCCUCAAGGCAAGGCUGGUUUAGAAGCUGUCGAACAAGCAGAAGAAGCUAGAUUAGCUAAAUCAAGACGAUCAUCUGUACCUGAUACUGAAUAUCCGAAACCAGAAUGGAUUGUUCCGAUUGUUGCUGAAUGUCAACUCGUAGAAGGUCAGCCACUUCACUUGGAAGGACAAGUUGAGCCGAAGGAUGACCCGGCCCUUAAGAUAGAGUGGUACUUUAAUGGCAAAGUUCUAGAACAUGGUUCAAGGUUUAAGCUUGCUAGCGAUUUCGGUUUUGUUACUUUAGAUGUGACUGAUGUAUAUGAAAGAGACAGCGGCAUAUAUACUUGUAAAGCUUAUAACAAGAGAGGUGAAGCUUUCACUUCUUCGACUAUUUACUGCAGUAGCAAGGAUAACCUCAUUGAACGUACUCAACAUCCCAAAGGCAAAGAAGGCUUGGACAAGAUUCAGAACCUUGAAGACUCUCUGCGAAAGGAGCCCUCACAGAAGCCUGAUGACGAUACAGGUCGACCACCUGAAUUUACUACGGUAUUCCAAGAUAUCUUUGAUAUUAGUGAAGGACAGAUUGCCCACUAUGAAGCAUCUCUCAUACCGACCGGUGAUCAAACCAUGGUCAUUGAGUGGUUCUAUAACGGAAAGACCAUUGAAGCUAGUCACCGUAUCCGCACCGUAUAUGCCUUUGGUAUGGUUGUUUUAGAAAUCCUUGGUACAAAGACUACAGAUUCUGGUAUUUAUUCGUGCCGUGCCACAAACAAGUGGGGUCAGGCAGAAAUAAGCGUAAAACUCGAAUGUGUUGACAAAAGUAAGGGGCAAAAACCAAGAUUUACGACCCACAUACAAAAUAUUGAAGGUCUUAAAGAUGGUCAAUCAGCUCACUUUGAAUGCACAGUUGUGCCGGUAGAUGACCCUGAUAUGAAGAUCGAAUGGUAUCAUAACGGACAACCUUUACGUCACUCUAACAGAAUUAAAACCAUUUCUGAUUUCGGUUUUGUAGUAAUGGACAUAGCUUACACACAAAACCACGACACAGGAGAAUAUGUUUGUCGGGCAUAUAACAAAUACGGUGAAGAUUUCACUAAAGCGACGAUAAAUUGCUAUGGAAGAAGUGGAGUUUACUCAGACAGUUUACAGCCAGAUUCACUAGCUAAAAUACGAGAGUUAGAAAGUUUACAAGGUCUACAACAUCAAGCACCAGCACCGGCUUCUGCAGUACCUCCUAAAUUCACAACUCAAAUAGAAGAUGUUACGAAAUUAGUGGAGGGGCAAAGUGCUCACUUUGAAGCGAGACUAAUACCCGUGGAUGACCCCGAUCUAAUAGUUGAAUGGUACUAUAACGGCAAGAAAUUACCUCAUGGACACCGAUACAGAACUUUCCAUGACUUUGGUAUUGUCAUAUUAGAUAUACUCUAUUGUUAUGAAGAAAACUCUGGUGAAUACGAAUGCGUUGCGACCAACAAAUUGGGCCGUGACUCAACAAAGGCUAUAUUGAAGUGUACAUCGAAGGAAAAUUUGAUCUUGGACUCGCAACUUCCGCGGGGCAUGGAGGGUGGAUUAGAAAAGUUACAGACUCUAGAAGACUCAAUGAUACGAAGAAAGGAUGUAGAGGUUACAGAAACGAAGGGCAAGGCACCAGUCUUUACUGUUCCAUUAUCUAACAUCGAGAACCUAAGAGAAGGUGAAAAUGCUCACUUUGAAGCUCGUCUUACACCAACUGAUGACCCCAAACUAAAGAUUGAAUGGUACUGGAAUGGAAAGUCCUUGAAAGCUGGUUCGAGGUUUAGAACUUUCUGCGACUUUGGAUUUGUUAUUCUUGAAAUAUCACCUACAUAUCCAGAAGACUCUGGAGAAUAUAUGUGCAGAGCCUACAAUAACUACGGUGAAGCUGUUACAACUGCCACAAUGAAAGUACAAGGCAAGAGGAAUAUUAUAUUGGAAUCCCAACUUCCUAAAGGCAUGGAGGGCACUAUUGAUAAGAUUGCGGCUUUGGAAGGUUACACCGGAACUGCUGAUAACCUAAGCCCGGAAGUUGAAAGUGGAAACCCACCCGAAUUCGUUACAACGCCAUCUGAUGUUAUUUUAACCGAGAAUUCUUCGGCUCAUUUCGAGUGCCGUUUAAUUCCCGUCAAUGAUUCCAGUAUGAGAGUGGAAUGGUUCCACAAUGGUAAACCACUUCUUACUGGAUCCAGAGUGAAAACUAUCAACGAUUUCGGCUUUGUGAUCUUGGAAAUUGGUGGUGUCUACCAACGUGAUGCUGGUCUAUAUACUUGCAAAGCCACAAACCGUCACGGUGAGGCAACAGUUUCUUGUAAACUACAAGUAAAAGGUAGACAAGGCAUUAUAUUAGAACCUCAAUUGCCGUCGCACUUCAAAUCAGGUACAGAAAGUAUCCAAAAACUGGAAGAAACACUUCAUAAACGAGAGGAAAUUCCAAUUGAAGAUGAGAAACCAAACCCACCGAAGUUUGUCGUGGAAAUUAAGGACAACCUCGAUGUAGCCGAAGGUGGUCCAAUUCACUUUGACUGUCGUGUAGAGCCAGUUGGCGACCCAACAAUGAGAAUCGAUUGGUUCCACAAUGGCAGGCCAUUUGCAACAGGCUCUCGUGUCCACAUGCUAAAUGAUUUUGGAUUUAUUGCUCUAGAUAUUGAUUACAUCUACGCUAGAGAUUCAGGAGAAUACACAUGUCGUGCAACUAAUAAAUGGGGCUCCGCCACCACUACCGCUAAAAUCACAUGCAGCACCAAGCGAGACAUCAUUUUUGAAUCUCAGUUACCGCAAGGAAUGAGUGGAGAGAAGAUUAAGGAACUCGAAAAAGGUCGCAUUAGUGAUGGACCCAAAGAAGAACCUGUUAUCAAUAGUCCACCAAAAUUCGUGACGCAGAUAAAAUCACACACAAUCGAAGAAUCUGAGUCUAUACGGUUCGAAUGCCGCGUAGAACCCAAAGAGGACCCUAGGCUACGUAUCGAAUGGUACAGAAACGGUAAAAUUUUGCCAUCCGGACACCGUUUCCGCACAGUGUAUGACAUGGGCUUUGUUUCGUUGGAUAUUCUAUAUGUAUACUCCGAAGAUUCUGGAGAAUACGUUUGCCGCGCUGUUAACGAUUUCGGAGAAGACUUCACUAAAGCAACAGUGUCUUGCAAACGCUUACCUGAUAUAAUUCUACAAAAUCAAGUUCCCAGAGGCAUGAAGAAGACCGAAGCCUUGACUCAAAUGGAGGCUACUAUUAAAAAAUACACCUCUGAAGUGUUCUUAACUGAGGAAGAUCUAUAUGACGUUGAUAAAAAGCAACCACCUCGGUUUGUUACUCAAAUCCAAAGUCAAACAAAUCUAGUAGAAAUGGAAAUGACUAAAUUCGAAUGUCAGCUGGCGCCAGUAGGAGAUCCUAAUAUGAAAGUAGAAUGGUUCUUCAACGGAAAACCGCUGCUACACAAAAACCGUUUCACGCCCAUCUAUGACUUUGGUUACGUCGCCAUGAAUUUCGGCUGGGUGUACCCAGAGGACAGUGGCGAGUAUCUAUGCCGUGCGACUAAUUUGUACGGAAUGGACGAGACUAAGGCAGUUAUUAAGACCGCAGGAAAGCCCGGCAUCGUUUAUGAUUCACAGUUACCGAAACACAUGAAAAGUAUCGAGAAGAUUCGUGAAAUGGAAGCAUCGUGGCAGGCAGUACCAGAAAAACCCGGUGAUGAGGUGAAGGAAAGGACAGCGCCAAUAUUCGUCAGCAAACCCGAACCAGUGACGGUAGAGGAAGGAGAAUGGGCCAGAUUCUGCUGCCGCGUCACCGGACAUCCGAAACCACGUGUUAUGUGGCUUAUAAACGGCAACACUAUUGUUAACGGCUCUAGAUAUAAACUGACAUAUGAUGGCAUGUACCACUUCGAUAUACCAAAAACAAGGCAAUACGAUACGGGUAAAAUUGAAGUAAUUGCCAGGAGCUCAGUAGGCGAGGCUCUUGCUACGACCGAACUUAAAAUAGUCCCACGACACGAUGACUAUAGAAGCGUAUUGAAGAAUGCACCAAGACCUUGGUACGACGAAACAACGCAAUAUCAACGAUCUGACACUGAAUUAGAGAAAACCUUCGAGGAGAGACAAACCUUGCAGAGGAAGGGCGUCAUAGACCAUCGACCAGAACUAAAGCAAAAAAUAGUUAAAGAACCAGAUACGGAGUGGCAGCAAACAGUAAAAAAGAAGAAGAGUGAGGAGUAUUACAAUAAAUUGCAGGAAUUGGAAAAUGAACAAAUUGUAAAGGAAAGUCGAAUGCGAGAAUCUAGCCAUCAGUACGCUGUGUCUGGGGAAAAAGUGGCCAGCGCCUCAGUUGCGAGAAGCAUGGCACAGAAAUAUGAAGAUAACUUGGAACAAACAGAAGAGGUCGUAGAAAAAGAAGUUACUAAAAAGAUUCAGAAACCUAGAAUACCUGAUCCACUAGAAUCAACCGUUCACGGUAAAGAAGUGCAUGUUGCCAAGCAGAAACAAAUACAAAAAGAAGUUGUGGGAGAUACAGAAAUAACUCGCAAAAUUACAUCGACAGAAACUACUGAAGUUGAACAUAAAGCUCAAACUCAGGAGAGAAUAGUCGAAGGACCUGUGAAGCCUUCCAACCCACCGGUAUUUACGAAGAAAAUGCAACCAUGCCGUGUUUUUGAACACGAACAAGCAAGAUUCGAAGUCGAGUUUGACGGUGAUCCUUUGCCAACAAUUAAAUGGUAUCGAGAAAACUUCCCAAUAAAGAACUCAGCUGAUUUCCAAAUUCACACAUUCAGUACAAAAUCUAUUCUUAUUAUUAGACAAGUGUUCAUUGAAGAUUCAGCGGUAUUUGCUGCAGUAGCCGAAAACCGAGGUGGAACUGCUAAAUGCAGCGCUAACUUGGUUGUAGAGGAACGUCGACGACAGGGCAGGGGAGGAGUUAUUCCUCCAAGUUUCACACUGACAGCCCAAAAUGUCAACGUCACAGCUGGACAACUUGUAAGAUUUGAUGCUAAAGUCACUGGAACAAAACCGAUCGAUGUGUAUUGGUUGAAAAAUGGCAAGAAAGUGCAACCAGAUAUCAGGAACAAGAUCCUGGAAGAAGAUGGAACAUACACUCUUCUUAUUCUCGAAGCCUUCCCUCAAGACUCUGGAAAAUACGAGUGCGUCGCAAUAAAUAGUUCCGGAGAGGCUAGAUGCGAUGCCGAAUGUAUUGUUAAUACGCCGACUACUAAAGAGAAGCCCAAGCCACAAACUAAGGCUGCUAAUGCUCCACCAGAGAUCAUUGAACCGAUGAAAGACCGCGUCGUCACCGAGGGUCAAGCUAUUGAAUUCAGCUGUAAGAUUGUCGGAAAACCGAUACCAACAGUACAAUGGUAUAAAGAGGACAGGUUGAUCAAACCAUCAAAGUACUUCCAAAUGUCACGUUCUGCUGACGACUACACACUUCGCAUAUCAGAAGCUUUCCCUGAAGACGAGGGUGAUUAUAAAUGUGUUGCCUACAAUUCAGCUGGAAGAGUUACAGUGGCUGCUAAACUGAAAGUGACGCAGCCGGAUCAAACGGACAAUUUGCCAACAUUGACGCCGUUGCGUGACGUAAUCGUAUAUGAGGGUCAACCUGCACAGUUCAAAACUCAAAUUACGAGCAAGGUCAAACCUACCAUCCAAUGGCUUCGGGAAGGUGCUCUCAUACCUGAAACACCUGACUUCCAGAUGAUCCACGAAGGAAACAACGCAGUACUGCUAAUCGGCAGUACAUACGAAGAGGACACCGGCAUAUUCACUUGCCGCGCCACAACCGUCGCUGGCCAAGUGGAGUCAUCAGCUAAACUAGUCGUCAAAAAAUCGAGCAAAUUUAAAACAACGACUGCAUACCAAAAUGGCGUCGAAGCCCAGAAGGAUACUGUACACGAUACAGAAUCAUCAUUAAAUCGUGUGUUGCACUUUACUUCGGAAGAUACUAAUAUUUUAAAAAUGACAAAUGUUCAAGACAUUCAUUCAAAAAAAAGAGCAAGUGCACCUUGGCGUACAAAAGAAAAUAAUUUAGAGGUAAAACACUGGAGAAAAUUUAGACCAGAAGAUAAGGCUACAAAGAUUACAACUUCAUCUGAGGACACAAACAUUCUUCAUCUUGAUCGUGAUGUCUCUACCUCUGAAAGUAAACAUUGGCAUAAACAAAGAAUUGAAAGAAAACAUGAAAAAGAAGACUCUAAAGCAGACGCCAUACCUUGGAUACAAGAAGCAAUACAAUUAAAACCUACAAAGGUUGAUAAGAUUCCAAAUCGUAAAGAAAAACUGGAGGAAGUAACUUUAAAGCAAUUGAAUAAAACAUCUAACCAAGUAGAAACAUUGUUAAUUGAUGAAAGUUUGACGUCUGAAGAAGAAACAGUGGUUUUAAGAAUAGCAAAUGAAACUAAGAUAAGUGAUAGGCAAAAGGAUGAACAAGAUUUACAAAAAAAAGAAGUGGUUCUUAAACCAGUUCCUAGACAGAAACAGCCCAAAGAAGUAAAACCUGGGGAGAUACAGUUGAAAGGAGUCAAGAAAGAAAAGCCUGUUGAAGAUGACAAACCAAAAGAGGUGUCAUGGAGGACAGGAAAAAGGAAACCAAAAGAAGAACAACACGUAGAAGACGUGGUUCUUAAACCCGUUUCGAGACAGACACAGCCUGAAGAAGUAAAAGCUCAGGAGGUACAGUUGAAACCAGUAAAGAAAGAAAAGCUUAUCGAGGAAGACAAACCGGAGGAAGUGUCAUGGAGGACAGGUAAAAGGAAACCGAAGGAAGAACAACCAGUGGAAGAGGUAGUCCUUAAGCCGGUUCCAAAACACAAGCCUACUGAGAAAGAAGCAAAACCUGAGGACGUACAGCUAAAAUCAGUAAAGAAAGAAAAGCCUAUUGAGGAGGCCAAACCGGAAGAGGUGUCAUGGAGAACAAGUAAAAGGAAACCAAAGGAAGAACAAUCAGUGGAAGAAGUGCUUCUUAAACCAGCUCCAAGACAGUUACAGUCAGAAGAAGUAAAACCUGAGGAGAUACAGCUGAAACCAGUCAAAAAAGAAAAGCCUGUUGAAGAUAAAAUAUCGGAAGAGGUAUCAUGGAGAACAGGAAAAAGGAAACCAAAAGAAGAUCAACCGGUGGAAGAAGUGGUUCUUAAACCCGUUCCAAGACAGAAGCAGCCCGAAGAAGUAAAACCUAAGGAGGUACAGCUGAAACCAGUAAAGAAAGAAAAGUCUAUUGAGGAAGGCAAACCGGAGGAGGCUUCGCUAAAAACAGGGAAAAUAAAACCAGAAGAAAAACAACCAGUGGAAGAAGUGGUCCUGAAACCGGUUCCAAAACAAAAGCCUACUGAGAAAGAAGAAAAACCUGAGGAGGUACAGCUAAAACCAAUAAAGAAAGAAAAGCCUAUUGAGGAGGCCAAACCGGAAGAGGUGUCAUGGAGGACAGGAAAAAGGAAACCAAAGGAGGAACAACCGGUGGAAGAAGUAGUCCUUAAACCGAUUCCAAAGCAAAAGCCAAUUGAGAAAGAAGUAACGCCGGAGGAGGUACAGCUGAAACCAGUAAAGAAAGAAAAGCCUAUCGAGGAAGAUAAACCGGAAGAGGUAUCCUGGAUAACAGGAAAAAGGAAACCAAAAGAAGAGCAACCAGUGGAAGAGGUGGUCCUUAAACCGGUUCCAAAACAAAAGCCUACAGAGAAAGAAGAAAAGCCUGAGGAAGUACAGCUAAAACCAGUGAAGAAAGAAAAGCCUAUUGAGGAAGAUAAACCGGAGGAGGUGUCGCUGAAAACAGGAAAAAGAAUACCAGAAGAAAAACAGCCAGUGGAAGAAGUGGUCCUGAAACCGGUUCCAAAACACAAGCCUACUGAGAAAGAAGAAAAACCUGAGGAGGCACAGCUAAAACCAGUAAAGAAAGAAAAGCCUUUUGAGGAGGUCAAACCGGAAGAGGUGUCAUGGAGGACAGGAAAAAGGAAACCAAAGGAGGAACAACCGGUGGAAGAAGUAGUCCUUAAGCCGAUUCCAAAGCAAAAGCCAAUUGAGAAAGAAGUAACGCCGGAGGAGGUACAGCUGAAACCAGUAAAGAAAGAUAAGCCUGUCGAGGAAGAUAAACCGGAAGAGGUAUCCUGGAUGACAGGAAAAAGGAAACCAAAAGAAGAGCAACCAGUGGAAGAGGUGUUCCUUAAACCGAUUCCAAAACAAAAGCCUACAGAAAAAGAAGAAAAGCCUGAGGAAGUACAGCUGAAACCAGUGAAGAAAGAAAAGCCUAUUGAGGAAGAUAAACCGGAGGAGGUGUCGCUGAAAACAGGAAAAAGAAUACCAGAAGAAAAACAGCCAGUGGAAGAAGUGGUCCUGAAACCGGUUCCAAAACACAAGCCUACUGAGAAAGAAGAAAAACCUGAGGAGGCACAGCUAAAACCAGUAAAGAAAGAAAAGCCUUUUGAGGAGGUCAAACCGGAAGAGGUGUCAUGGAGGACAGGAAAAAGGAAACCAAAGGAGGAACAACCGGUGGAAGAAGUAGUCCUUAAGCCGAUUCCAAAGCAAAAGCCAAUUGAGAAAGAAGUAACGCCGGAGGAGGUACAGCUGAAACCAGUAAAGAAAGAUAAGCCUGUCGAGGAAGAUAAACCGGAAGAGGUAUCCUGGAUGACAGGAAAAAGGAAACCAAAAGAAGAGCAACCAGUGGAAGAGGUGUUCCUUAAACCGAUUCCAAAACAAAAGCCUACAGAAAAAGAAGAAAAGCCUGAGGAAGUACAGCUGAAACCAGAGAAGAAUGAAAAGCCUAUCGAGGAAGAUAAACCGGAGGAGGUGUCGCUGAAAACAGGAAAAAGAAAACCAGAAGAAAAACAGCCAUUGGAAGAAGUGGUCCUGAAACCGGUUCCAAAACACAAGCCUACUGAGAAAGAAGAAAAACCUGAGGAGGCACAGCUAAAACCAGUAAAGAAAGAAAAGCCUUUUGAGGAGGUCAAACCGGAAGAGGUGUCAUGGAGGACAGGAAAAAGGAAACCAAAGGAGGAACAACCGGUGGAAGAAGUAGUCCUUAAGCCGAUUCCAAAGCAAAAGCCAAUUGAGAAAGAAGUAACGCCGGAGGAGGUACAGCUGAAACCAGUAAAGAAAGAUAAGCCUGUCGAGGAAGAUAAACCGGAAGAGGUAUCCUGGAUGACAGGAAAAAGGAAACCAAAAGAAGAGCAACCAGUGGAAGAGGUGUUCCUUAAACCGAUUCCAAAACAAAAGCCUACAGAAAAAGAAGAAAAGCCUGAGGAAGUACAGCUGAAACCAGUGAAGAAAGAAAAGCCUAUUGAGGAAGAUAAACCGGAGGAGGUGUCGCUGAAAACAGGAAAAAGAAUACCAGAAGAAAAACAGCCAGUGGAAGAAGUGGUCCUGAAACCGGUUCCAAAACACAAGCCUACUGAGAAAGAAGAAAAACCUGAGGAGGCACAGCUAAAACCAGUAAAGAAAGAAAAGCCUUUUGAGGAGGUCAAACCGGAAGAGGUGUCAUGGAGGACAGGAAAAAGGAAACCAAAGGAGGAACAACCGGUGGAAGAAGUAGUCCUUAAGCCGAUUCCAAAGCAAAAGCCAAUUGAGAAAGAAGUAACGCCGGAGGAGGUACAGCUGAAACCAGUAAAGAAAGAUAAGCCUGUCGAGGAAGAUAAACCGGAAGAGGUAUCCUGGAUGACAGGAAAAAGGAAACCAAAAGAAGAGCAACGAGUGGAAGAGGUGGUCCUUAAACCGGUUCCAAAACAAAAGCCUACAGAAAAAGAAGAAAAGCCUGAGGAAGUACAGCUGAAACCAGUGAAGAAAGAAAAGCAUACUGACGACGUGGCGCUUAAAAAAGUAAUAGAAAAAGAAAAAUCUGUCGAAACAAUUUCCAAAGAAGAAAUUCUUGAAGAAACUGGGCCCAUAAUCAUUCAACCUAUUAAAGCUGCUAUUGUCAAAGAAAAUGAUAAUUUUGAGUUCAUCGUCAUGUUUAAACCGAAUAUUGUUAAUAAAAUCUCAUGGUCAUUGAAUAAUAAGAUAAUCAGAAAUGAUGAGGAUUUUAAAAUUUUUACUAAACCUGGAAAAUCUAUUUUGAUUGUACAAAAUGCAAACAAAAUGAAGAUUGGUAAAUACGAAGUCCUUAUAGAAAAUAAGGAUAUUGUGGUUAAAAGUGCGUCUACCCUUAAGUUGAAGAAAAUUUCCGACACUGAAAAUAUUACACCACCUAUAUUUACAAGGCCUUUACAACCCAAACAUGUUGUAUUGGGUGAAAUAGUUCUCUUAGAAACUGAAGUAAUUUCAAAGCCUUGUGCAUCUUUUCAAUGGUUUUUGGGAAAUAAAGAAGUCAUUAGUUACGUUAAAGAAAAUAAAAUUAAAAACAUGUAUGUUACUAGUAAUGAUAAUAUCUCUUGUCUUUGCAUUGAAGAUUCUACAAGAGAUGUACCCGAUAUUAUUACAUGUAGAGCUGAAAAUUUUGCUGGAUCUGUUUCUUGUUCAGCACAAAUAAACGUUGUGGAUGAAAAUGAUACUGCAUCUGGAGUCGCACCUAAAUUUUUAACAAAUUUGAGCCCAACUACAGUAAUGGACGGUGAACCAAUUUUAUUAAAAUGUUCAGUAAUUGGACAACCCUGGCCAAAAAUUAACUGGUAUCACAACGGGAAGCUUCUUGAAGUUGCAAGAGACGUCACUAUUGGUAGACAAGAAUCAGGGUUAUGCCAAUUAUUUAUUAAAGAAGCAUUUCCAGAAAUGACCGGAAAUUAUGAAUGUGUAGCCACCAAUAAAUUUGGACAGUGUAUUAGUAACUGUAUAGUGAAUGUAGAAGCAUACGAGUAUGUACCAAGUGCAUCUGAAGAGGAUAUAUUAAGUGAUGAGAAAACCAGUGACCUUGAAGAAUUUGCUCCUAAAAUUGUGAAAGCCCUUCCUGCGGUCGUGACAACCAAUGAAGGAGAAUUGACUAGGCUUGAAGCUAAGGCUAUUGGAAUACCAAAGCCUCAAAUAAGGUGGUUAAAACAAGGUGUAGAAAUAAAAGAAUCACAAGAAUAUCAAAUCGAAGAAAUGGAGGAUGGAACUUCUAUUCUGAUUAUACCAGAAGUUUAUCAAGACGACAUGGGCGAAAUCACAUUUGAGGCAUACAAUCCACUUGGUGUAUCGUCAACAGUAGCUGCAUUAUCUGUUGAAAGUCUUGUUGGAACUAAAGCAUAUAGAAAGCCUGAAUGGGUUUCACAUAUGGAAGAAUUACAAGAGGCUUUAAAAGAAACUCAGGCGGUCCCAUCUUUCGUGCGAAACUUAAUACCAGAACGUGUUCUAGAUGGAGAAACUGUAACUUUUGAGGCCGUUUACAGUGGGAACCCAAAACCCGAAAUCAUUUGGUACAAAGACAACAAAGUCAUUAAAAGUAAUAACAAUUUCCAAAUUCAAACUCAAGAUAAUGUAACUGUUUGUAAAAUUAAAAAAGCAUCAAAGAAGUUACAAGGCUGCUACGAGUGUAAAGCUAUAAGUGAUAUUGGGAUGGCAAUAACAAAAGCUGAAUUACAAAUAUUUGAAGCAGAAGAAACAUUUGAGAAGGUUAAAAAGAAAAGAGUGAAAUCUUUGAAGCAAGACAUUGUUGACGAAAAAACUGCUUUGACGUCUUUAGAAGAUACUGCAACAGCGAUAGUAGAAACUUCGUUGGACGUAUUAGGAUCAACCCAACCUCUCAUAACAGCUUCUGAAAAUAAAAAACCAAACGUUUUGGUGAAUGAAAUGACCUCUAUAGAAACAUUCGACAUUGCUUCUUUUAAGAAAACUGAUCAAAAAUAUAGAAAAUUAUCAACCGAAGAGUUGGAGAAUAUUGAACCGGUUAUCACACCCAACCAGUAUUUGGUCUCUUCGCAGCAAGAAACCAACGAAAUGGUUCAAACUUUUGAAAAAAUAGCACAUGAAUUACAAAAAGGUAUAAGAAGGGUAUCCGAUUCACAGAUGGUUGCGGAGGUAAAUGAAUUAUUAGAAGUAAUAAAUGCUAAAGAAUUUGGUCCAGGCGAAUCUCCUUUACGCGAAUUAGCGACAAUUGGGUACCUCCUUAGAAAUGGUGUCACCGUGGAAGAAAUAGAAAAUCUGUAUGACUCUGAACACUUUCCGGCUUUGCGGAUACCACAGGCUCAAUCUGCGUUAGUACAGUUGGUAGAGAGGCAAGGCCAUGGUGCCCUUAUAACAGAAGUAUUAACUGAAGAAACUGCUCAAACGGAAGAUAUUAUUGGAGCGAAAGUUGGCUUUAAAGCUUUUAUGAAAUUGGUAGAAAUGAAACAUACAUCAGUUGAAGAAGUAAUAGCACACCUUUACCCCGAAGAUUUCACUCCUCGUGCCUGGGAAGAAAAAGGAGCGCGCGAGGUCGUCGUUGAAUCUACAAUUAAGGACGUAGCCCAAGUACAUUCCACUACAAUACACCAAGAUAAGACGACAACUUUAAAGCAAAAUAAGAAAGAUGAAAUCAAACAAGUAAAACGCAAAAAACACACUAGACAAACAGAAAUAUCUGAAGAAGAGUCUACUAGAAAAACAAAAAAAUCAAUAAGUAAAAAGUUUUCCCGAGAAGACAUCGGUGACUUAGAAGAAGAAGCAGUACACAGCAUGGAUACUGAACUUUUUAAAUCCAUUAAAACUGUACCCAUUGAUUUAUCUGAGAGUAGAAUUGAAGUAGUUUCAUCUAGCCAAGCAAUGAACAUAGUCCCAGAACAAACAAAACAGAUACAAAAAGCUACUGUUAAGUUUGAUACAAACCAAUCGCUUAUAAAUACUGUACAACAUUCACAAGAACGUGAAGGACCUUUGCAAAUUGUUGAAAAAUCUGAAAUUCAUAUUAAAUCAUCUGGUAUUGAAGCUGAACCAUUACAAAUUAUUGAACCCAUUAUUAAAGACGCAUUAGGGGUAUGUGUCACUAAUAUUGAUAAUAAAGAAAUUAUAGAAAAUACUAUAAUAGUACAAUCAGAAAGUUUAGAAAUGGCAGAAGUUAUUCCAAAUAUAUCACUUGGUAAAAUAGACAAACAUAAACAAAAUGAAGAGAAAGCUAAAACUUCUAUUAUUUUAAAAGAUGCUAUAAAUGUUUCCGAACCAUACGUUCCUGUAAAAGAAAACGUCUUAGAGGAACCUCUAAUCAAACAUUCAGUUGCGGCAGUUACCGUUUCACCAUUGACAGGAAUAAAUGUAGAAGAAACCAUGUCGGAAUAUAAAGAUCAUGAUUUUAUUUGUAAAGUUUCUGAUAAAGAAAUAACUCCUACACCUAAUUUUAAAUUGUUAAAAUCUAUUGAAGUAGGUGAAGUAUUUGUAGAAGAUAAAUCUGGAAAAUACUAUCCCGAACUGAUUGUUCCUACCGAAAUGGCUAACGAAGAUGUUAUUGUUUCUAAUGAAAUUUCUACAAUAAUACUGAAUCUACAGGAAAAGGAAGGUUUAUUGGAUUCUCUUAAAGUUCCAGGUACUCAAGAAGCUAGAAUUAAUAUGGUUUAUAAAGAUAGCAUAGAAGUUGCGACAAAUGUUUUACAUGAAAAAGAAGGAAUAGUUCCAAGGAACGAAUGGCAUGCAAAAGCUCAGGUAGAUGAAGAUUUUCAGACUCAUCAAAGUUUAUGUAAUUUUAUUCCGGAAACUCACAUUAAAGAAACUGUAUUUAGUCAAGGAGAAUGCACAAAAAAGACAGCAAAUAUUACUUUUAAUGAACAUCAGCAUACUUUUAAGUUUGAAACACAAAUACAUGAAACGGAACAUAAUUUAAAACCAGACAGUGCUGUUGGUGAGGAGUAUGCCCAUAUUCAGAUAGGCACCUUGGAUAAAAAUCUAACUGAAGAAAUUCAAAUUCAUGAACGAGAAAACAAACUACUCUUAAGGGAUGAAAAAUCAUCGGUUACGGCAAAUAUUGAUAUGAAUUUAGCUGAACCAAUUAUUAUGUCUGAAACAAUUGAAAUAACCUCAAUGAAAGAUCUCAUUCCGUCAGAAAAUAAAAUUAAUGGAAGUGCAAUUGAAACGUUUAUAACGCAAAAAGAAAAAACAAUUUCUUCUACUUUCAUUCAUGACCAAGGAAUUGAAGAGAUGUAUGCUUAUACAAAGCCUGAAAAUGCGGGUAUAUCCUUGUCCCCCAAUACUUCUUUAUCAAUAAGUGAAACGGAAAUUGCUGAUUCAGCUGGAAAAUUGCACAUUAAAAGAAGUCCCGAUUUAUUACAAGCAAAUCCAACACUGAGUCAUAAUUUAAAAUCGCCAUUGUCUGAAAUAGUCACUACAGUCAAUCAGGUUAAAAAUCUAGAUUAUGUACAAGAAAAGCAAGAUACUGCAGAAAAAAGUAGAGAUGUAUAUAAUGAGCUAUACAUUUCACAGGCUGUAGUAGAAGAGCAAACGCAAGACUUUGUUGCUAUUAAAGUUCCUGACACUGAAGCUAAAAGUAGUUUUACUGAAAAUGAAGGGGUAUUAAUAAGUGAAAUAGUAGCAAAUUCGGAAUUCGAAUCUUUUAAAGUUGAUACAGUUUCAAAUAAAAAAGCAGUUGUUACUCUAGAUGUCAAUCAAAGAGUGCCAAUUACUUCAGAAGUAUGUGCACGAGAUAUUUUAGAUACCUUAACUAUAAUGAAACCACAAACAGAAGAUGUGAACAUAAAAUCAAAUAACUUAAAAUCCCUAACGAUAUCUGAAAAUGCAACUUUAGAGAGUCAAGGCAUUUUAGAGGAAUAUUUAAAUCCAGACCAAAAGUCUAUUACAGCAGACGUAAUUUUAAUAAAUGAUAGUGUUCAAGUAGUUGAAACCGUUGGAGGUGAGAAAGAAGACGAAUAUAAAGUUGGUGAUUCCGCCAAAACUUGCAUGGCUACGACAGAUAUACUCAGUCAUCCCGUCGCAAUUUCUUUAGAACACGAUUUAACAGAUUCUACUGCAAGUUUCACAUGUGAAAAGACUUCACAUCCUUCAUAUAGAAAAGCUUCCCUUAAUAAUAUAUAUCAGACAGAAUUGUCUGUUACUGCCACGGUUUGUAAUGAAAAAGAAAGUUACCUUAUUAGUAAAACGCCUAACUUAACUAAAGCCAUACCAAAUUUGCCAGAAAAACAAGCUAUUCUUAUCGAGGAAAGUAAUUCUGAGGUCGUACCUGAAUCUUUAAACAUACAAAAAACACUGACUGUCAAAGCAAAUCCCGAUUCUGUAGUAAAUGAGGCGUUAACACAACAAGAAGUUUUAGUAAAUAUACAGGAAGGAUCAUUUAGUAAGGAACUUAGUAAAACAGUAAAACCGAUUGUAGGUAUUAAUGCUUUUGAAGUGCCAGUAUAUGACCAAAAUGUAGUUAUAGAAAAAGAAGUUUUUCUUUCGAAACCACAUAUCCCUGAUAACCAUAAGGCAGCUGUAUUGAUUAAUCAGCAACAUGAAGUCGUUACUUCUGAAAUAUUACCACAAACAGACAAUUUAAAAGGUUAUGACGAUUUUCAUAUUCCUGAAACAAAAGCUAUCGAGAAAGUAGAUAUAUAUGGAAAGAUAGCUAAAACUGAAGAAAUUAUGAUAAGUCAAACACCUGGAGAAUUCUCAAAAAGUAAAGUUAUAUUACAACGCCCUACUUUAAGUUCUGUAGCUGCGUAUUCUUUACAAAACACACAAACAAUAGCGGCCGACAGUGAGGUAUCUAUUAUAAAUGAAAAAUUAGGUGUAAGUGUUGUUACCCCAUAUUUUACACAGAUUGAAGCUUUGAUAACAAGUUCGGCAAAUAUAAUCGAAGAAGAAGUGAAAUUCCAAGAUAAACCACCUGAACUUCUUACACAAGAAGCAAAUGUUCGCUUUGUUCCAUUAUGUGAAACAGUUAAUACAGAAGUAGUGUCUUCAGACAUGAUGGACAAGUUAACCGAUAAACUGCCGAUAUCAAGUAGAGCUUCCCUUAAACAAGACGAAAAUUGUCAGUAUUUACAAGGUUUGGAAGUUUUCCCAGUAAUUAAAGAAGAAGAACUUGUAUUUGAUAAAAAAAUUGCUCCACAAGACAUUAAAACAAGUCUUGUAGAGUCUGCUGCAAAGGAAAUUACUGAGGUAAAAACAAACGAAAGAGAAAGUUUAAUAACAAGUAACGAAAACAGUGACGUUUUAAAAAAGAAAGCAAAUAUUUCCGUGAAACCCCAAAAAUCUUUAAUCAAUGAAGAAGUAAUUACCCAAGACAACAGCAAAGCCCUAUAUGUUUCAGGAAAAACAAAAGAAUGUGCUAAGCCUACACAAGACUUACAAGAAGCUGUUCAAAAAUUAGAACCCUUUAUCAUAGAAUCAGAAAACAUAUACCAAUCGAUGGAACCUAGUGCUAAAAAAACAAAGCCAGAAAUUGAAGAGCAAAAGUCACUAAACGUAACUGAAGCUAUCUCGACAGAGUCAAGUUCAAUUCUCAAGACUAUAGAAAUGCCACGUCAGGAAACUUGCCAACCACAUGAGUUAGUUGUCAACAACGAAUUAAAAAUCAAUGAAACAAUGCAUAAUGAACGCGAAGAGGUUUUACUGACUCAUGGAAAUAUAAAAACAAACGUGGCUAAUAUUGAUAUCCAGCCACAUCAAAGCCUAAGAGUAAAUCAGCAAAUUGUAGCUGAAAAAGAAGAUGCACUCAAUUUGAAUCAGUUGUCAGAAACUAUAAUUAAUACCAUUACCAUAAGACCACAUAAACAUCUAAAUAUAGACAUAUGUGAUACAUCAGAGUCAGAAGAAACCAUUCCUAAAAUAGAGUCUGCUAAAGAAAUUCAAAGUGAUGUUACUAUAGAAACUUUUAAACCAAUAACUGUUUAUAAUAUUGAUACCCAAGAACAACAUGAAUAUUUCAAAGUUACUGAUGGUUCUAAAAUUAAAAAUGCUGACAUUAAAUUAAAUAUUGAUGAACACAUUAAUGUUACCGAAAUUAUUCCUACAGAGCAAGAAUCUUUUCUCAGAGAACAAAUAUUAGAAAGGGGCAAUCAAUUGUCUUUAAACAUAGAAAUGGCAAAGCAUGUGAUAAUAUCUGAGAUAAAGACGAUAGAAACAGAAAAUAAUGAUCUAAAUAUUAUACAUCAACCUCGGCAACAGGUGACGUCUGUUUACGAAACAUCGACUCCUAUUGAGGUCCAAGAAGUUGAAGUUAAAGAAUCAGAACAAAGUAUGAAUGCGUUAAAUAUAAGAGAAGUGGUUAAACCUAAUUUAAUAUUGGAUUGCCAACAAUGUGUAAUAGUAAGUGAUGUAAGUGCUAAGGAGAAGGAAGAAAUUUUGAAAAUUGAAACGAUACCAAGAAAUGAAAAACAAUCAGUGGAUUUUGUUACAUCUUCUUACCUUACUAGUACUCAAAAUGUUCCUGUGGAAGUUUCUUCUAAAAUUAUUUCAAAGGACUUUAAUAAUAUUGAACAUGCUAAUUUAACGCACACCGUUUCUCAAAGUAUAUACGCUGAGCAACCCAAUGUAAUUAAUUCUCUUGUAGAAAUUGUUACGGCGGAUGUACCUGAUAAAAUUGUUGUAAAAGAAACGUUGGUGAGCUCAAAAACAUUACAGCAAUCCGACAUUAUCACUCAAGAAGAUAUUGUAGAGUUACCAGAUUACACUCAAUCACGCGUCAACGCCAAACCUACUCAGGUCUUAGAAAAAAAUAUACCAGAAACAAUAUUAUCUCAAGUGAUGGAAAAUACCGAAGAAAUGGUUACACAGAAAUACGAGGAAACCAAAGCCGAUAAGCAUUACGUUGAGUUGCAAUCAAUACAAAAAACCGAAGUUAUUGCAUCUGAGAAGAUUCUAAACUUCAAUGAAAGAAAUGAGGGAACAGAUCAAAAGGCAGACCAAAGUAAUGAAUAUCAAAAACACGUAGAAAUUUUCAAGCCGCAACUUUUGGAAACUGCCUCUUCUUUGUCUACACCAAAUCAAAAUGUUCCAACAAAUGCUUCUAUUGACUUGGAAGCUCACACAACUUAUGUCACAAAAGAAAUCACAAGCCAGGACGCUCCUUUAAAACUAGAAGUUGACCAAAAACAUUCAACGAUAGCUAAAAGACAAUUAUUAGAAAUAACUCCUUUGGAGCAAAUAGAAACUUUUUCUCAAGAACAUGCAAAUGAUAUUCAAACAGAAAAUACAUAUCUACAAAAUAUCUUGGAAACCAAAACUUUAGAGAUAUCACCAAUCCAGCAGAUGGAUGUUAUGAUCCACGAGAGUGAAAUAAAUACUGACUUUGGGAAAAUGCCUCGAAUGGAUACAGCUUCUGUACUCAUAAAGUCAGCAGAAGGUAUUAGUAUUUCUGAAGUUUGUCAUGAAAACAUUACACAAACUUUUACGAAACCUACGAAACAACAAGGUAAUGCACAACCAACAAUAACUCCUCUGAAUCACAUAAAAUGCACUGAAAACGUUUUGGAUAAUCAGGUUGAAGAUUUGCCAUUUGAUAAAGAUCAAUCAAAAACAAUAACCGUGAAAACACAAUCUGUAUCACCUUUAAUCAUAUCAGAUUAUACUUCAUUACAAAAUGAAUCUAAACUACCCUUACAAACGUUACCUGAAAAACAUAACGCUGUUUCGGGUGUAACUGUGCUAAGUGUAGUAGAAGUAAACGAUGAAUUUAUAAAUGAACAAACAAUGCCUUUUGAUGAUACAAGCAAAUCUCUUCUUCGUAAUUCUAAUGUUGCGAAAGUUGAAGAAAAAACAAUUACUGUUUCACUACCAGAUAUACAUUAUUCGGAAGACAAUGAAAAUAACUCUCAAACUCUAUCACAAUAUUCGUCUGACAUGGAAGAAUCAGAAGAAAUUGUUUCAAAGUUCAUACGUGGUCCUGGCCAAGAAGAACCAAUACAGAUAAAAACAAAGAGAACAGUGUUGAGAAAAAAACGUAAAUCUGGAGAGCAAUACGAUAGAGGUGACAUAGUCAUUGAGGAAACUUUGGACGAUGAAAACGUAGAAAAAUUAAGACCGCGCAAAACAAAUAAAAUACUAAUAGAAGAAUACGAUGGCGACGAUUUUACUAUGAUCCUUGAUACUGGUAAAAGUACGGUUGAAAUGCCUGAUGAAUAUUUAGAGAUACCUAAAAUGACAACACAGGUAUUAAUAGAAGAAGUAGAAGAAAGAAAUGACACAACUGCAAACAAACAAGUAUCACCAGAGCAAGUAACGAUUAUCGAAGAAUCUCCGGACACAGUCCAAAAAACCGAGGUUUACACUGAAACUGGUGAAACACGAACCGUCAAAACAAAGAAACUCCGUAUCAAGGGUAAGGACGGCGCUAUUGAAGAAACUCAUGAAAUCACGGAAACUACCGGGUUGCCCGACACGUCGGUAGAAGUGGUUGAAGUUCCGGAAGAAACAACCGUCGACGAAAUCGAUACACCUGAGGGUAAGUUGACGAUCAAAACUACCAAGAAACGCACAAAGAAGACAAACCUCAUUCGCACGCCACAGGAAAUCACAGAUGAAACUGUCACUGACGAGACACAACCACUCACAGACAAACAAGUAUCACAAGAGCAAGCGACGAUUAUCGAAGAAUCUCCCGACACAGUCCAAAUAACUGAGGUUCAGACUGAAACUGGUGAAACUAAAACAGUCAAAACAAAGAAACGCCGAGUCAAACGUAAAGAUGGCGCUGUUGAAGAGAUACACGAAAUCACAGAAACUACCGAGUUACCCGACACGUCGGUAGAAGUGGUUGAAGUUCCUGAAGAGAAAACCGUCGAAGAAAUCGAUACACCUGAGGGUAAGUUGACGAUCAAAACUACCAAGAAACGCACAAAAAAGACAAAACUCAUUCGCACGCCACAGGAAAUCACAGAUGAAACUGACACUGACGAGACACUUCCACUCACAGACAAACAAGUAUCACAAGAGCAAGCGACGAUUAUUGAAGAAUCUCCCGACACAGUCCAAAUAACUGAGGUUCAGACUGAAUCUGGUGAAACUAAAACAGUCAAAACAAGAAAACGCCGAGUCAAACGUAAGGAUGGCGCUGUUGAAGAGAUACACGAAAUCACAGAAACUACCGAGUUGCCCGACACGUCGGUAGAAGUGGUUGAAGUUCCGGAAGAGACAACCGUCGAAGAAAUCGAUACACCUGAGGGAAAGUUGACGAUCAAAACUACCAAGAAACGCACAAAGAAGACAAAACACAUUCGCACGCCACAGGAAAUCACAGAUGAAACUGUCACUGACGAGACACUUCCACUCACAGACAAACAAGUAUCACCAGAGCAAGCGACGAUUAUCGAAGAAUCUCCCGACACAGUCCAAAUAACUGAGGUUCAGACUGAAACUGGUGAAACUAAAACAUUCAAAACAAAGAAACGCCGAGUCAAACGUAAGGAUGGCGCUGUUGAAGAGAUACACGAAAUCACAGAAACUACCAAGUUGCCCGACACGUCGGAAGAAGUGGUUGAAGUUCCGGAAGAGACAACCGUCGAAGAAAUCGAUACACCUGAGGGUAAGUUGACGAUCAAAACUACCAAAAAACGCACAAAGAAGACAAAACACAUUCGCACGCCACAAGAAAUCACAGAUGAAACUGCCACUGACGAGACACUUCCACUCACAGACAAACAAGUAUCACCAGAGCAAGCGACGAUUAUUGAAGAAUCUCCCGACACAGUCCAAAUAACUGAGGUUCAGACUGAAUCUGGUGAAACUAAAACAGUCAAAACAAGAAAACGCCAAGUCAAACGUAAGGAUGGCGCUGUUGAAGAGAUACACGAAAUCACAGAAACUACCGAGUUGCCCGACACGUCGGUAGAAGUGGUUGAAGUUCCGGAAGAGACAACCGUCGAAGAAAUCGAUACACCUGAGGACAAACAAGUAUCACAAAAGCAAGCGACGAUUAUCGAAGAAUCUCCCGACACAGUCCAAAUAACUGAGGUUCAGACUGAAACUGGUGAAACUAAAACAGUCAAAACAAAGAAACGCCGAGUCAAACGUAAAGAUGGCGCUGUUGAAGAGAUACACGAAAUCACAGAAACAAGCGAGUUGCCCGACACGUCGCUAGAAGUGGUUGAAGUCCCGGAAGAGACAACCGUCGAAGAAAUCGAUACACCUGAGGGUAAGUUGACGAUCAAAACUACCAAGAAACGCACAAAGAAGACAAAACACAUUCGCACGCCACAAGAAAUCACAGAUGAAACUGCGACUGAUGAGACACUUCCACUCACAGACAAACAAGUAUCACCAGAGCAAGCGACGGUUAUCGAAGAAUCUCCCGACACAGUCCAAAUAACUGAGGUUCAGACUAUAACUGGUGAAACUAAAACAGUCAAAACAAAGAAACGCAGAGUCAAACGUAAGGAUGGCGCUGUUGAAGAGAUACACGAAAUCACAGAAACAACCGAGUUACCCGACACGUCGGAAGAAGUGGUUGAGGUUCCGGAAGAGACAACCGUCGAAGAAAUCGAUACACCUGAGGGUAAGUUGACGAUCAAAACUACCAAAAAACGCACAAAGAAGACAAAACACAUUCGCACGCCACAGGAAAUCACAGAUGAAACUGUCACUGACGAGACACUUCCACUCACAGACCAACAAGUAUCACCAGAGCAAGCGACGAUUAUCGAAGAAUCUCCCGACACAGUCCAAAUAACUGAGGUUCAGACUGAAACUGGUGAAACUAAAACAUUCAAAACAAAGAAACGCCGAGUCAAACGUAAGGAUGGCGCUGUUGAAGAGAUACACGAAAUCACAGAAACUACCGAGUUGCCCGACACGUCGGUAGAAGUGGUUGAAGUUCCGGAAGAGACAACCGUCGAAGAAAUCGAUACACCUGAGGGUAAGUUGACGAUCAAAACUACCAAGAAACGCACAAAGAAGUCAAAACACAUUCGCACGCCACAAGAAAUCACAGAUGAAACUGCCACUGACGAGACACUUCCACUCACAGACAAACAAGUAUCACCAGAGCAAGCGACGAUUAUCGAAGAAUCUCCCGACACAGUCCAAAUAACUGAGGUUCAGACUGAAACUGGUGAAACUAAAACAGUCAAAACAAAGAAACGCCGAGUCAAACGUAAGGAUGGCGCUGUUGAAGAGAUACACGAAAUCACAGAAACUACCGAGUUGCCCGACACGUCGGAAGAAGUGGUUGAAGUUCCGGAAGAGACAACCGUCGAAGAAAUCGAUACACCUGAGGGUAAGUUGACGAUCAAAACUACCAAGAAACGCACAAAGAAGACAAAACACAUUCGCACACCACAGGAAAUCACAGAUGAAACUGUAACUGACGAGACACUUCCACUCACAGACAAACAAGUAUCACCAGAGCAAGCGACGAUUAUCGAAGAAUCUCCCGACACAGUCCAAAUAACUGAGGUUCAGACUGAAACUGGUGAAACUAAAACCGUCAAAACAAAGAAACGCCGAGUCAAACGUAAGGAUGGCGCUGUUGAAGAGAUACACGAAAUCACAGAAACUACCGAGUUGCCCGACACGUCGCUAGAAGUGGUUGAAGUCCCGGAAGAGACAACCGUCGAAGAAAUCGAUACACCUGAGGACCAACAAGUAUCACAAGAGCAAGCGACGAUUAUGGAAGAAUCACCCGAUACAGUCCAAAUAACUGAGGUUCAAACUGAAACUGGUGAAACUAAAACCGUCAAAACAAAGAAACGCCGAGUCAAACGUAAGGAUGGCGCUGUUGAAGAGAUACACGAAAUCACAGAAACUACCGAGUUGCCCGACACGUCGGAAGAAGUGGUUGAAGUUCCGGAAGAGACAACCGUCGAAGAAAUCGAUACACCUGAGGGUAAGUUGACGAUCAAAACUACCAAGAAACGCACAAAGAAGACAAAACACAUUCGCACGCCACAGAAAAUCACAGAUGAAACUGUAACUGACGAGACACUUCCACUCACAGACCAACAAGUAUCACAAGAGCAAGCGACGAUUAUGGAAGAAUCACCCGACACAGUCCAAAUAACUGAGGUUCAAACUGAAACUGGUGAAACUAAAACCGUCAAAACAAAGAAACGCCGAGUCAAACGUAAAGAUGGCGCUGUUGAAGAGAUACACGAAAUCACAGAAACUACCGAGUUGCCCGACACGUCGGUAGAAGUGGUUGAAGUUCCGGAAGAGACAACCGUCGAAGAAAUCGAUACACCUGAGGACCAACAAGUAUCACCAGAGCAAGCGACGAUUAUCGAAGAAUCUCCCGACACAGUCCAAAUGACUGAGGUUCAGACUGAAACUGGUGAAACUAAAACCGUCAAAACAAAGAAACGCCGAGUCAAACGUAAGGAUGGCGCUGUUGAAGAGAUACACGAAAUCACAGAAACAACCGAGUUGCCCGACACGUCGGUAGAAGUUGUUGAAGUUCCGGAAGAGACAACCGUCGAAGAAAUCGAUACACCUGAGGACAAACAAGUAUCACAAGAGCAAGCGACGAUUAUCGAAGAAUCUCCCGACACAGUCCAAAUAACUGAGGUUCAGACUGAAACUGGUGAAACUAAAACAGUCAAAACAAAGAAACGCCGAGUCAAACGUAAGGAUGGCGCUGUUGAAGAGAUACAUGAAAUCACAGAAACAACCGAGUUGCCCGACACGUCGGUAGAAAUGGUUGAAGUUCCGGAAGAGACAACCGUCGAAGAAAUCGAUACACCUGAGGGUAAGUUGACGAUCAAAACUACCAAGAAACGCACAAAGAAGACAAAACACAUUCGCACGCCACAGGAAAUCACAGAUGAAACUGUCACUGACGAGACACUUCCACUCACAGACAAACAAGUAUCACAAGAGCAAGCGACGAUUAUCGAAGAAUCUCCCGACACAGUCCAAAUAACUGAGGUUCAGACUGAAACUGGUGAAACUAAAACAGUCAAAACAAAGAAACGCCGAGUCAAACGUAAGGAUGGCGCUGUUGAAGAGAUACAUGAAAUCACAGAAACAACCGAGUUGCCCGACACGUCGGUAGAAAUGGUUGAAGUUCCGGAAGAGACAACCGUCGAAGAAAUCGAUACACCUGAGGAUAAACAAGUAUCGCCAGAGCAAGCAACGGUUAUCGAAGAAUCUCCCGACACAGUCCAAAUAACUGAGGUUCAGACUGAAACUGGUGAAACUAAAACAGUCAAAACAAAGAAACGCCGAGUCAAACGUAAGGAUGGCGCUGUUGAAGAGAUACAUGAAAUCACAGAAACAACCGAGUUGCCCGACACGUCGGUAGAAGUUGUUGAAGUUCCGGAAGAGACAACCGUCGAAGAAAUCGAUACACCUGAGGAUAAACAAGUAUCGCCAAAACAAGCAACGAUUAUCGAAGAAUCUCCCGACAUAGUCCAAACAACUGAAGUUCAGACUGAAACUGGUGAAACUAAAACCGUCAAAACAAAGAAACGCCGAGUCAAACGUAAGGAUGGCACUGUUGAAGAGAUACACGAAAUCACAGAAACAACCGAGUUGCCCGACACGUCGGUAGAAGUUGUUGAAGUUCCGGAAGAGACAACCGUCGAAGAAAUCGAUACACCUGAGGGUAAGUUGACGAUCAAAACUACCAAGAAACGCACAAAAAAGACAAAACAUAUUCACACGCCACAGGACUUACAAGAUGACACUGUCACUGACGAGACACUUCCACUCACAGAUAAACAAGUAUCACCAGAGCAAGCGACGUUUAUCGAAGAAUCUCCCGAAACAGUCCGAAUAACUGAGGUUCAGACUGAAACUGGUGAAACUAAAACAGUCAAAACAAAGAAACGCCGAGUCAAACGUAAGGAUGGCGCUGUUGAAGAGAUACACGAAAUCACAGAAACUACCGAGUUGCCCGACACAUCGGUUGAAGUGGUUGAAGUUCCGGAAGAGACAACCGUCGAAGAAAUUGAUACACCUGAGGACACACAAGUAUCACCAGAGCAAGCGACGAUUAUCGAAGAAUCUCCCGACACAGUCCAAAUAACUGAGGUUCAGACUGAAACUGGUGAAACUAAAACCGUCAAAACAAAGAAACGCCGAGUCAAACGUAAGGAUGGCGCUGUUGAAGAGAUACACGAAAUCACAGAAACAACCGAGUUGCCCGACACAUCGGUAGAAGUGGUUAAAGCUCCGGAAGAGACAACCGUCGAAGAAAUUGAUACACCUGAGGACAAACAAGUAUCACAAGAGCAAGCGACGAUUAUCGAAGAAUCUCCCGACACAGUCCAAAUAACUGAGGUUCAGACUGAAACUGGUGAAACUAAAACAGUCAAAACAAAGAAACGCCGAAUCAAACGUAAGGAUGGCGCUGUUGAAGAGAUACACGAAAUCACAGAAACAACCGAGUUGCCCGACACGUCGGUAGAAGUGGUUGAAGUUCCGGAAGAGACAACCGUCGAAGAAAUCGAUACACCUGAGGGUAAGUUGACAAUCAAAACUACCAAGAAACGCACAAAGAAGACAAAACAUAUUCACACGCCACAGGACUUACAAGAUGACACUGUCACUGACGAGACACUUCCACUCACAGACAAACAAGUAUCACAAGAGCAAGCGACGAUUAUCGAAGAAUCUCCCGACACAGUCCAAAUAACUGAGGUUCAGACUGAAACUGGUGAAACUAAAACAGUCAAAACAAAGAAACGCCGAGUCAAACGUAAGGAUGGCGCUGUUGAAGAGAUACAUGAAAUCACAGAAACAACCGAGUUGCCCGACACGUCGGUAGAAAUGGUUGAAGUUCCGGAAGAGACAACCGUCGAAGAAAUCGAUACACCUGAGGAUAAACAAGUAUCGCCAGAGCAAGCAACGAUUAUCGAAGAAUCUCCCGACACAGUCCAAAUAACUGAGGUUCAGACUGAAACUGGUGAAACUAAAACAGUCAAAACAAAGAAACGCCGAGUCAAACGUAAGGAUGGCGCUGUUGAAGAGAUACAUGAAAUCACAGAAACAACCGAGUUGCCCGACACGUCGGUAGAAGUUGUUGAAGUUCCGGAAGAGACAACCAUCGAAGAAAUCGAUACACCUGAGGGUAAGUUGACAAUCAAAACUACCAAGAAACGCACAAAAAAGACAAAACAUAUUCACACGCCACAGGACUUACAAGAUGACACUGUCACUGACGAGACACUUCCACUCACAGAUAAACAAGUAUCGCCAAAACAAGCAACAAUUAUCGAAGAAUCUCCCGACAUAGUCCAAACAACUGAAGUUCAGACUGAAACUGGUGAAACUAAAACCGUCAAAACAAAGAAACGCCGAGUCAAACGUAAGGAUGGGGUUGUUGAAGAGAUACACGAAAUCACAGAAACUACCGAGUUGCCCGACACGUCGGUAGAAGUGGUUGAAGUUCCGGAAGUGACAACCAUCGAAGAAAUCGAUACACCUGAGGAUAAACAAGUAUCGCCAAAACAAGCAACGAUUAUCGAAGAAUCUCCCGACAUAGUCCAAACAACUGAAGUUCAGACUGAAACUAGUGAAACUAAAACCGUCAAAACAAAGAAACGCCGAGUCAAACGUAAGGAUGGCGUUGUUGAAGAGAUACACGAAAUCACAGAAACUACCGAGUUGCCCGACACGUCGGUAGAAGUGGUUGAAGUUCCGGAAGAGACAACCGUCGAAGAAAUCGAUACACCUGAGGGAAAGUUGACGAUCAAAACUACCAAGAAACGCACAAAGAAGACAAAACACAGUCGCACGCCACAGGAAAUCACAGAUGAAACUGUCACUGACGAGACACUUCCACUCACAGACAAACAAGUAUCACAAGAGCAAGCGACGAUUAUCGAAGAAUCUCCCGACACAGUCCAAAUAACUGAGGUUCAGACUGAAACUGGUGAAACUAAAACCGUCAAAACAAAGAAACGCCGAGUCAAACGUAAGGAUGGCGCUGUUGAAGAGAUACACGAAAUCACAGAAACAACCGAGUUGCCCGACACAUCGGUAGAAGUGGUUGAAGUUCCGGAAGAGACAACCGUCGAAGAAAUUGAUACACCUGAGGGUAAGUUGACAAUCAGAACUACCAAGAAACGCACAAAGACGACAAAACACAUUCGCACGCCACAGGAAAUCAUUGAUGAAACUGUUACUGACGAGACACUUCCACUCACAGACAAACAAGUAUCACAAGAGCAAGCGACGAUUAUCGAAGAAUCUCCCGACACAGUCCAAAUAACUGAGGUUCAGACUGAAACUGGUGAAACUAAAACAGUCAAAACAAAGAAACGCCGAAUCAAACGUAAGGAUGGCGCUGUUGAAGAGAUACACGAAAUCACAGAAACAACCGAGUUGCCCGACACGUCGGUAGAAGUGGUUGAAGGUCCGGAAGAGACAACCGUCGAAGAAAUCGAUACACCUGAGGACACACAAGUAUCACCAGAGCAAGCGACGAUUAUCGAAGAAUCUCCCGACACAGUCCAAAUAACUGAGGUUCAGACUGAAACUGGUGAAACUAAAACCGUCAAAACAAAGAAACGCCGAGUCAAACGUAAGAAUGGCGCUGUUGAAGAGAUACACGAAAUCACAGAAACAACCGAGUUGCCCGACACAUCGGUAGAAGUGGUUGAAGUUCCGGAAGAGACAACCGUCGAAGAAAUUGAUACACCUGAGGGUAAGUUGACAAUCAGAACUACCAAGAAACGCACAAAGACGACAAAACACAUUCGCACGCCACAGGAAAUCAUUGAUGAAACUGUCACUGACGAGACACUUCCACUCACAGACAAACAAGUAUCACAAGAGCAAGCGACGAUUAUCGAAGAAUCUCCCGACACAGUCCAAAUAACUGAGGUUCAGACUGAAACUGGUGAAACUAAAACAGUCAAAACAAAGAAACGCCGAAUCAAACGUAAGGAUGGCGCUGUUGAAGAGAUACACGAAAUCACAGAAACAACCGAGUUGCCCGACACGUCGGUAGAAGUGGUUGAAGUUCCGGAAGAGACAACCGUCGAAGAAAUCGAUACACCUGAGGACACACAAGUAUCACCAGAGCAAGCGACGAUUAUCGAAGCAUCUCCCGACACAGUCCAAAUAACUGAGGUUCAGACUGAAACUGGUGAAACUAAAACCGUCAAAACAAAGAAACGCCGAGUCAAACGUAAGGAUGGCGCUGUUGAAGAGAUACACGAAAUCACAGAAACAACCGAGUUGCCCGACACAUCGGUAGAAGUGGUUGAAGUUCCGGAAGAGACAACCGUCGAAGAAAUUGAUACACCUGAGGGUAAGUUGACAAUCAGAACUACCAAGAAACGCACAAAGACGACAAAACACAUUCGCACGCCACAGGAAAUCAUUGAUGAAACUGUCACUGACGAGACACUUCCACUCACAGACAAACAAGUAUCACAAGAGCAAGCGACGAUUAUCGAAGAAUCUCCCGACACAGUCCAAAUAACUGAGGUUCAGACUGAAACUGGUGAAACUAAAACAGUCAAAACAAAGAAACGCCGAAUCAAACGUAAGGAUGGCGCUGUUGAAGAGAUACACGAAAUCACAGAAACAACCGUGUUGCCCGACACGUCGCUAGAAGUGGUUGAAGUUCCGGAAGAGACAACCGUCGAAGAAAUCGAUACACCUGAGGGUAAGUUGACAAUCAAAACUACCAAGAAACGCACAAAAAAGACAAAACCUAUUCAUACGCCACAGGACUUACAAGAAGACACUGUCACUGACGAGACACUUCCACUCACAGACAAACAAGUAUCACAAGAGCAAGCGACGAUUAUCGAAGAAUCUCCCGACAUAGUCCAAAUAACUGAGGUUCAGACUGAAACUGGUGAAACUAAAACAGUCAAAACAAAUAAACGCCGAGUCAAACGUAAGGAUGGCGCUGUUGAAGAGAUACACGAAAUCAUAGAAACAACCGAGUUGCCCGACACGUCGCUAGAAGUGGUUGAUGUUCCGGAAGAGACAACCGUCGAAGAAAUCGAUACACCUGAGGGUAAGUUGACAAUCAAAACUACCAAGAAACGCACAAAAAAGACGAAAAACAUUCGCACGCCACAGGAAAUCACAGAUGAAACUGUCACUGACGAGACACUUCCACUCACAGACAAACAAGUAUCACCAGAGCAAGCGACGAUUUUCGAUGAAUCUCCCGAAACUGUCCAAAUAACUGAGGUUCAGACUGAAACUGGUGAAACUAAAACAGUCAAAACAAAGAAACGCCGAGUCAAACGUAAGGAUGGCGCUGUUGAAGAGAUACACGAAAUCACAGAAACAACCGAGUUGCCCGACACGUCGCUAGAAGUGGUUGAAGUUCCGGAAGAGACAACCGUCGAAGAAAUCGAUACACCUGAGGACAAACAAGUAUCGCCAGAACAAGCAACGAUUAUCGAAGAAUCUCCCGACACAGUCCAAAUAACUGAGGUUCAGACUGAAACUGGUGAAACUAAAACCGUCAAAACAAAGAAACGCCGAGUCAAACGUAAGGAUGGCGCUGUUGAAGAGAUACACGAAAUCACAGAAACAACCGAGUUGCCCGACACGUCGGUAGAAGUGGUUGAAGUUCCGGAAGAGACAACCGUCGAAGAAAUCGAUACACCUGAGGCUAAGUUGACAAUAAAAACUACCAAGAAACGCACAAAAAAGACAAAACAUAUUCACACGCCACAGGACUUACAAGAUGACACUGUCACUGACGAGACACUUCCACUCACAGAUAAACAAGUAUCGCCAGAACAAGCAACGGUUAUCGAAGAAUCUCCCGACAUAGUCCAAACAACUGUGGUUCAGACUGAAACUGGUGAAACUAAAACCGUCAAAACAAAGAAACGCCGAGUCAAACGUAAGGAUGGCGCUGUUGAAGAGAUACACGAAAUCACAGAAACUACCGAGUUGCCCGACACGUCGGUAGAAGUGGUUGAAGUUCCGGAAGAGACAACCGUCGAAGAAAUCGAUACACCUGAGGAUAAACAAGUAUCACAAGAGCAAGCGACGAUUAUCGAAGAAUCUCCCGACACAGUCCAAAUAACUGAGGUUCAGACUGAAACUGGUGAAACUAAAACAGUCAAAACAAAUAAACGCCGAGUCAAACGUAAGGAUGGCGCUGUUGAAGAGAUACACGAAAUCAAAGAAACAACCGAGUUGCCCGACACGUUGGUAGAAGUAGUUGAAGUUCCGGAAGAGACAACCGUCGAAGACAUCGAUACACCUGAGGGUAAGUUGACAAUAAAAACUACCAAGAAACGCACAAAGAAGACAAAACAUAUUCACACGCCACAGGACUUACAAGAAGACACUGUCACUGACGAGACACUUCCACUCACAGAUAAACAAGUAUCGCCAGAACAAGCAACGAUUAUCGAAGAAUCUCCCGACAUAGUCCAAAUAACUGAGGUUCAGACUGAAACUGGUGAAACUAAAACAGUCAAAACAAAGAAACGCCGAGUCAAACGUAAGGAUGGCGCUGUUGAAGAGAUACACGAAAUCACAGAAACUACCGAGUUGCCCGACACGUCGGUAGAAGUGGUUGAAGUUCCGGAAGAGACAACCGUUGAAGAAAUCGAUACACCUGAGGGUAAGUUGACAAUCAAAACUACCAAGAAACGCACAAAAAAGACGAAACACAUUCGCACGCCACAGGAAAUCACAGAUGAAACUGUCACUGACGAGACACUUCCACUCACAGACAAACAAGUAUCACCAGAGCAAGCGACGAUUUUCGAUGAAUCUCCCGAAACUGUCCAAAUAACUGAGGUUCAGACUGAAACUGGUGAAACUAAAACAGUCAAAACAAAGAAACGCCGAGUCAAACGUAAGGAUGGCGCUGUUGAAGAGAUACACGAAAUCACAGAAACAACCGAGUUGCCCGACACGUCGCUAGAAGUGGUUGAAGUUCCGGAAGAGACAAUCGUCGAAGAAAUCGAUACACCUGAGGGUAAGUUGACAAUCAAAACUACCAAGAAACGCACAAAAAAGACGAAACACAUUCGCACGCCACAGGAAAUCACAGAUGAAACUGUCACUGACGAGACACUUCCACUCACAGACAAACAAGUAUCACCAGAGCAAGCGACGAUUUUCGAUGAAUCUCCCGAAACUGUCCAAAUAACUGAGGUUCAGACUGAAACUGGUGAAACUAAAACAGUCAAAACAAAGAAACGCCGAGUCAAACGUAAGGAUGGCGCUGUUGAAGAGAUACACGAAAUCACAGAAACAACCGAGUUGCCCGACAGGUCGCUAGAAGUGGUUGAAGUUCCGGAAGAGACAACCGUCGAAGAAAUCGAUACACCUGAGGGUAAGUUGACAAUCAAAACUACCAAGAAACGCACAAAAAAGACGAAACAUUUUCACACGCCACAGGACUUACAAGAUGUCACUGUCACUGACGAGACACUUCCACUCACAGACAAACAAGUAUCACCAGAGCAAGCGACGAUUUUCGAAGAAUCUCCCGAAACUGUCCAAAUAACUGAGGUUCAGACUGAAACUGGUGAAACUAAAACAGUCAAAACAAAGAAACGCCGAGUCAAACGUAAGGAUGGCGCUGUUGAAGAGAUACACGAAAUCACAGAAACAACCGAGUUGCCCGACACGUCGCUAGAAGUGGUUGAAGUUCCGGAAGAGACAACCGUCGAAGAAAUCGAUACACCUGAGGACAAACAAGUAUCACCAGAGCAAGCGACAAUUUUUGAAGAAUCUCCCGAAACUGUCCAAAUAACUGAGGUUCAGACUGAAACUGGUGAAACUAAAACAGUCAAAACAAAGAAACGCCGAGUCAAACGUAAGGAUGGCGCUGUUGAAGAGAUACACGAAAUCACAGAAACAACCGAGUUGCCCGACACGUCGCUAGAAGUGGUUGAAGUUCCGGAAGAGACAACCGUCGAAGAAAUCGAUACACCUGAGGACAAACAAGUAUCACAAGAUCAAGCGACGAUUAUCGAAGAAUCUCCCGACACAGUCCAAAUAACUGAGGUUCAGACUGAAACUGGUGAAACUAAAACAGUCAAAACAAAUAAACGCCGAGUCAAACGUAAGGAUGGCGCUGUUGAAGAGAUACACGAAAUCACAGAAACAAUCGAGUUGCCCGACACGUCGCUAGAAGUGGUUGAAGUUCCGGAAGAGACAACCGUCGAAGAAAUCAAUACACCUGAGGGUAAGUUGACAAUCAAAACUACCAAGAAACGCACAAAAAAGACGAAACAUAUUCACACGCCACAGGACUUACAAGAUGACACUGUCACUGACGAGACACUUCCACUCACAGACAAACAAGUAUCACCAGAGCAAGCGACGAUUAUCGAAGAAUCUCCCGACACAGUCCAAAUAACUGAGGUUCAGACUGAAACUGGUGAAACUAAAACAGUCAAAACAAAUAAACGCCGAGUCAAACGUAAGGAUGGCGCUGUUGAAGAGAUACACGAAAUCAAAGAAACAACCGAGUUGCCCGACACGUUGGUAGAAGUAGUUGAAGUUCCGGAAGAGACAACCGUCGAAGACAUCGAUACACCUGAGGGUAAGUUGACAAUAAAAACUACCAAGAAACGCACAAAGAAGACAAAACAUAUUCACACGCCACAGGACUUACAAGAAGACACUGUCACUGACGAGACACUUCCACUCACAGAUAAACAAGUAUCGCCAGAACAAGCAACGAUUAUCGAAGAAUCUCCCGACAUAGUCCAAAUAACUGAGGUUCAGACUGAAACUGGUGAAACUAAAACAGUCAAAACAAAGAAACGCCGAGUCAAACGUAAGGAUGGCGCUGUUGAAGAGAUACACGAAAUCACAGAAACUACCGAGUUGCCCGACACGUCGGUAGAAGUGGUUGAAGUUCCGGAAGAGACAACCGUUGAAGAAAUCGAUACACCUGAGGGUAAGUUGACAAUCAAAACUACCAAGAAACGCACAAAAAAGACGAAACACAUUCGCACGCCACAGGAAAUCACAGAUGAAACUGUCACUGACGAGACACUUCCACUCACAGACAAACAAGUAUCACCAGAGCAAGCGACGAUUUUCGAUGAAUCUCCCGAAACUGUCCAAAUAACUGAGGUUCAGACUGAAACUGGUGAAACUAAAACAGUCAAAACAAAUAAACGCCGAGUCAAACGUAAGGAUGGCGCUGUUGACGAGAUACACGAAAUCACAGAAACAAUCGAGUUGCCCGACACGUCGCUAGAAGUGGUUGAAGUUCCGGAAGAGACAACCGUCGAAGAAAUCGAUACACCUGAGGGUAAGUUGACAAUCAAAACUACCAAGAAACGCACAAAAAAGACGAAACAUAUUCACACGCCACAGGACUUACAAGAUGUCACUGUCACUGACGAGACACUUCCACUCACAGAUAAACAAGUAUCACCAGAGCAAGCGACGAUUUUCGAAGAAUCUCCCGAAACUGUCCAAAUAACUGAGGUUCAGACUGAAACUGGUGAAACUAAAACAGUAAAAACAAAGAAACGCCGAGUCAAACGUAAGGAUGGCGCUGUUGAAGAGAUACACGAAAUCACAGAAACAACCGAGUUGCCCGACACGUCGCUAGAAGUGGUUGAAGUUCCGGAAGAGACAACCGUCGAAGAAAUCGAUACACCUGAGGGUAAGUUGACAAUAAAAACUACCAAGAAACGCACAAAGAAGACAAAACAUAUUCACACGCCACAGGACUUACAAGAUGACACUGUCACUGACGAGACACUUCCACUCACAGACAAACAAGUAUCACCAGAGGAAGCGACGAUUUUCGAAGAAUCUCCCGAAACUGUCCAAAUAACUGAGGUUCAGACUGAAACUUGUGAAACUAAAACAGUCAAAACAAAGAAACGCCGAGUCAAACGUAAGGAUGGCGCUGUUGAAGAGAUACACGAAAUCACAGAAACAAUCGAGUUGCCCGACACGUCGCUAGAAGUGGUUGAAGUUCCGGAAGAGACAACCGUCGAAGAAAUCGAUACACCUGAGGGUAAGUUGACAAUCAAAACUACCAAGAAACGCACAAAAAAGACGAAACAUAUUCACACGCCACAGGACUUACAAGAUGACACUGUCACUGACGAAACACUUCCACUCACAGACAAACAAGUAUCACAAGAUCAAGCGACGAUAAUCGAAGAAUCUCCCGACACAGUCCAAAUAACUGAGGUUCAGACUGAAACUGGUGAAACUAAAACAGUCAAAACAAAUAAACGCCGAGUCAAACGUAAGGAUGGCGCUGUUGAAGAGAUACACGAAAUCACAGAAACAAUCGAGUUGCCCGACACGUCGCUAGAAGUGGUUGAAGUUCCGGAAGAGACAACCGUCGAAGAAAUCGAUACACCUGAGGGUAAGUUGACAAUCAAAACUACCAAGAAACGCACAAAAAAGACGAAACAUAUUCACACGCCACAGGACUUACAAGAUGACACUGUCACUGACGAGUCACUUCCACUCACAGACAAACAAGUAUCACUAGAGCAAGCGACGAUUAUCGAAGAAUCUCCCGACACAGUCCAAAUAACUGAGGUUCAGACUGAAACUGGUGAAACUAAAACAGUCAAAACAAAGAAACGCCGAGUCAAACGUAAGGAUGGCGGUGUUGAAGAGAUACACGAAAUCACAGAAACAAUCGAGUUGCCCGACACAUCGCUAGAAGUGGUUGAAGUUCCGGAAGAGACAACCGUCGAAGAAAUCGAUACACCUGAGGAUAAACAAGUAUCGCCAGAACAAGCAACGAUUAUCGAAGAAUCUCCCGAAACUGUCCAAAUAACUGAGGUUCAGACUGAAACUGGUGAAACUAAAACAGUCAAAACAAAUAAACGCCGAGUCAAACGUAAGGAUGGCGCUGUUGAAGAGAUACACGAAAUCACAGAAACAAUCGAGUUGCCCGACACGUCGCUAGAAGUGGUUGAAGUUCCGGAAGAGACAACCGACGAAGAAAUCGAUACACCUGAGGGUAAGUUGACAAUCAAAACUACCAAGAAACGCACAAAAAAGACGAAACACAUUCGCACGCCACAGGAAAUCACAGAUGAAACUGUCACUGACGAGACACUUCCACUCACAGACAAACAAGUAUCACCAGAGCAAGCGACGAUUUUCGAAGAAUCUCCCGAAACUGUCCAAAUAAUUGAGGUUCAGACUGAAACUGGUGAAACUAAAACAGUCAAAACAAAGAAACGCCAAGUCAAACGUAAGGAUGGCGCUGUUGAAGAGAUACACGAAAUCACAGAAACUACCGAGUUGCCCGACACGUCGGUAGAAGUGGUUGAAGUUCCGGAAGAGACAACCGUUGAAGAAAUCGAUACACCUGAGGGUAAGUUGACAAUCAAAACUACCAAGAAACGCACAAAAAAGACGAAACAUAUUCACACGCCACAGGACUUACAAGAUGACACUGUCACUGACGAGACACUUCCACUCACAGACAAACAAGUAUCACCAGAGCAAGCGACGAUUAUCGAAGAAUCUCCCGACACAGUCCAAAUAACUGAGGUUCAGACUGAAACUGGUGAAACUAAAACAGUCAAAACAAAUAAACGCCGAGUCAAACGUAAGGAUGGCGCUGUUGAAGAGAUACACGAAAUCAUAGAAACAACCGAGUUGCCCGACACGUCGCUAGAAGUGGUUGAAGUUCCGGAAGAGACAACCGUCGAAGAAAUCGAUACACCUGAGGGUAAGUUGACAAUCAAAACUACCAAGAAACGCACAAAAAAGACGAAAAACAUUCGCACGCCACAGGAAAUCACAGAUGAAACUGUCACUGACGAGACACUUCCACUCACAGACAAACAAGUAUCACCAGAGCAAGCGACGAUUUUCGAUGAAUCUCCCGAAACUGUCCAAAUAACUGAGGUUCAGACAGAAACUGGUGAAACUAAAACAGUCAAAACAAAGAAACGCCGAGUCAAACGUAAGAAUGGCGCUGUUGAAGAGAUACACGAAAUCACAGAAACAACCGAGUUGCCCGACACGUCGCUAGAAGUGGUUGAAGUUCCGGAAGAGACAACCGUCGAAGAAAUCGAUACACCUGAGGGUAAGUUGACAAUCAAAACUACCAAGAAACGCACAAAAAAGACGAAACAUAUUCACACGCCACAGGACUUACAAGAUGACACUGUCACUGACGAGACACUUCCACUCACAGACAAACAAGUAUCACCAGAGCAAGCGACGAUUUUCGAAGAAUCUCCCGAAACUGUCCAAAUAACUGAGGUUCAGACUGAAACUGGUGAAACUAAAACAGUCAAAACAAAGAAACGCCGAGUCAAACGUAAGGAUGGCGGUGUUGAAGAGAUACACGAAAUCACAGAAACAAUCGAGUUGCCCGACACAUCGCUAGAAGUGGUUGAAGUUCCGGAAGAGACAACCGUCGAAGAAAUCGAUACACCUGAGGGUAAGUUGACAAUCAAAACUACCAAGAAACGCACGAAAAAGACAAAACAUAUUCACACGCCACAGGACUUACAAGAUGACACUGUCACUGACGAAACACUUCCACUCACAGACAAACAAGUAUCACAAGAUCAAGCGACGAUUAUCGAAGAAUCUCCAGACACAGUCCAAAUAACUGAGGUUCAGACUGAAACUGGUGAAACUAAAACAGUCAAAACAAAUAAACGCCGAGUCAAACGUAAGGAUGGCGCUGUUGAAGAGAUACACGAAAUCACAGAAACAACCGAGUUGCCCGACACGUCGCUAGAAGUGGUUGAAGUUCCGGAAGAGACAACCGUCGAAGAAAUCGAUACACCUGAGGGUAAGUUGACAAUCAAAACUACCAAGAAACGCACAAAAAAGACGAAACAUAUUCACACGCCACAGGACUUACAAGAUGUCACUGUCACUGACGAGACACUUCCACUCACAGACAAACAAGUAUCACCAGAGCAAGCGACGAUUUUCGAAGAAUCUCCCGAAACUGUCCAAAUAACUGAGGUUCAGACUGAAACUGGUGAAACUAAAACAGUCAAAACAAAGAAACGCCGAGUCAAACGUAAGGAUGGCGCUGUUGAAGAGAUACACGAAAUCACAGAAACAACCGAGUUGCCCGACACGUCGCUAGAAGUGGUUGAAGUUCCGGAAGAGACAACCGUCGAAGAAAUCGAUACACCUGAGGACAAACAAGUAUCACAAGAUCAAGCGACGAUUAUCGAAGAAUCUCCCGACACAGUCCAAAUAACUGAGGUUCAGACUGAAACUGGUGAAACUAAAACAGUCAAAACAAAUAAACGGCGAGUCAAACGUAAGGAUGGCGCUGUUGAAGAGAUACACGAAAUCACAGAAACAACCGAGUUGCCCGACACGUCGCUAGAAGUGGUUGAAGUUCCGGAAGAGACAACCGUCGAAGAAAUCGAUACACCUGAGGACAAACAAGUAUCACCAGAGCAAGCGACGAUUUUCGAAGAAUCUCCCGAAACUGUCCAAAUAAUUGAGGUUCAGACUGAAACUGGUGAAACUAAAACAGUCAAAACAAAGAAACGCCGAGUCAAACGUAAGAAUGGCGCUGUUGAAGAGAUACACGAAAUCACAGAAACAACCGAGUUGCCCGACACGUCGCUAGAAGUGGUUGAAGUUCCGGAAGAGACAACCGUCGAAGAAAUCGAAACACCUGAGGGUAAGUUGACAACCAAAACUACCAAGAAACGCACAAAAAAGAUAACACAUAUUCACACGCCACAGGACUUACAAGAUGACACUGUCACUGACGAGACACUUCCACUCACAGAUAAACAAGUAUCGCCAGAACAAGCAACGAUUAUCGAAGAAUCUCCCGAGUUAGUCCAAAUAACUGAGGUUCUGACUGAAACUGGUGAAAUUAAAACCGUCAAAACAAAGAAACGCCGAGUCAAACGUAAGGAUGGCGCUGUUGAAGAGAUACACGAAAUCACAGAAACUACCGAGUUGCCCGACACGUCGCUAGAAGUGGUUGAAGUCCCGGAAGAGACAACCGUCGAAGAAAUCGAUACACCUGAGGGUAAGUUGACAAUCAAAACUACCAAGAAACGCGUAAAAAAGACAAAACAUAUUCACACGCCAGAGGACUUACAAGAUGACACUGUCACUGACGAGACACUUCCACUCACAGACAAACAAGUAUCACCAGAGCAAGCGACGAUUAUCGAAGAAUCUCCCGACACAGUCCAAAUAAGAGAGGUUUACACUGAAACUGGUGAAACUAAAACCGUCAAAACAAAGAAACCCCGAGUCAAGGGUAAGGACGGCGCUAUUGAAGAAACUCUUGAAAACACAGAAAUAAGCGAGUUGCCCAACACGUCUGUAGAAGUAGUUGAAGUUCCGGAAGAGACAACUGUCGAAGAAGUCGAAACACCUGAGGACAAACAAGUAUCACAAGAGCAAGCGACGAUUAUCGAAGAAUCUCCCGACACAGUCCAAAUAACCAAGGUUCACACUGAAACUGGUGAAACACGAACCGUCAAAACAAAGAAACCCCGAGUCAAGGGUAAGGACGGCGCUAUUGAAGUAACUCUUGAAAUCACAGAAAUAACCGAGUUGCCCGACACGUCGGUAGAAGUAGUUGAAGUUCCGGAAGAGACAACUGUCGAAGAAGUUGAAACACCUGAGGAUAAACAAGUAUCGCCAGAGCAAGCAACGAUUAUCGAAGAAUCUCCCGACACAGUCCAAAUAACUGAGGUUCACACUGAAACUGGUGAAACACGAACCGUCAAAACAAAGAAGCGCCGUGUCAAGGGUAAGGACGGCGCUAUUGAAGAAACUCUUGAAAUCACAGAAAUAAGCGAGUUGCCCAACACGUCUGUAGAAGUAGUUGAAGUUCCGGAAGAGACAACUGUCGAAGUAGUCGAAACACCUGAGGGUAAGUUGACAACCAAAACUACCAAGAAACGCACAAAAAAGAUAACACAUAUUCACACGCCACAGGACUUACAAGAUGACACUGUCACUGACGAGACACUUCCACUCACAGAUAAACAAGUAUCGCCAGAGCAAGCAACGAUUAUCGAAGAAUCUCCCGACACAGUCCAAAUAAGCGAGGUUCACACUGAAACUGGUGAAACUAAAACCGUCAAAACAAAGAAACCCCGAGUCAAGGUUAAGGACGGCGCUAUUGAAGAAACUCUUGAAAUCACAGAUAUAACCGAGUUGCCCGACACGUCGGUAGAAGUAGUUAAAGUUCCGGAAGAGACAACCAUUGAAGAAAUCGAUACACCGGAGGGUAAGUUGACGAUCAACACUACCAAAAAACGCACAAAGAAGACAAAACACAUUCACACGCCACAUGACACAAUAGAUGACACUUUCACUGACGAACCACUUCCACUCACAGACAAACAAGUAUCACAAGAGCAAGCGACGAUGAUCGAAGAAUCUCCCGACACAGUCCAAAUAACCAAGGUUCACACUGAAACUGGUGAAACACGAACCGUCAAAACAAAGAAACCCCGAGUCAAGGGUAAGGACGGCGCUAUUGAAGAAACUCUUGAAAUCACAGAAAUAAGCGAGUUGCCCAACACGUCUGUAGAAGUAGUUGAAGUUCCGGAAGAGAAAACUGUCGAAGAAGUCGAAACACCUGAGGCUAAGUUGACAACCAAAACUACUAAGAAACGCACAAAAAAGAUAACACUAAUUCACACGCCACAGGACUUACAAGAUGACACUGUCACUGACGAGACACUUCCACUCACAGAUAAACAAGUAUCGCCAGAGCAAGCAACGAUUAUCGAAGAAUCUCCCGACACAGUCCAAAUAAGCGAGGUUCACACUGAAACUGGUGAAACUAAAACCGUCAAAACAAAGAAACCCCGAGUCAAGUGUAAGGACGGCGCUAUUGAAGAAACUCUUGAAAUCACAGAUAUAACCGAGUUGCCCGACACGUCGGUAGAAGUAGUUGAAAUUCCGGAAGAGACAACCAUUGAAGAAAUCGAUACACCGGAGGACAAACAAGUAUCACAAGAGCAAGCGACGAUUAUCGAAGAAUCUCCCGACACAGUCCAAAUAACCAAGGUUCACACUGAAACUGGUGAAACACGAACCGUCAAAACAAAGAAACCCCGAGUCAAGGGUAAGGACGGCGCUAUUGAAGAAACUCUUGAAAUCACAGAAAUAACCGAGUUGCCCGACACUUCGGUAGAAGUAGUUGAAGUUCCGGAAGAGACAACUGUCGAAGAAGUUGAAACACCUGAGGGUAAGUUGACAACCAAAACUACCAAGAAACGCACAAAAAAGAUAACACAUAUUCACACGCCACAGGCAUUACAAGAUGACACUGUCACUGACGAGACACUUCCACUCACAGAUAAACAAGUAUCGCCAGAGCAAGCAACGAUUAUCGAAGAAUCUCCCGACACAGUCCAAAUAACUGAGGUUUACACUGAAACUGGUGAAACACGAACCGUCAAAACAAAGAAGCGCCGUGUCAAGGGUAAGGACGGCGCUAUUGAAGAAACUCAUGAAAUCACAGAAAUAACAGAGUUGCCCGACACGUCAGUAGAAGUAAUUGAAGUUCCGGAAGAGACUACUGUCGAAGAAGUCGAAACACCUGAGGAUAAACAAGUAUCGCCAGAGCAAGCAACGAUUAUCGAAGAAUCUCCCGACACAGUCCAAAUAAGCGAGGUUCACACUGAAACUGGUGAAACUAAAACCGUCAAAACAAAGAAACCCCGAGUCAAGGGUAAGGACGGCGCUAUUGAAGAAACUCUUGAAAUCACAGAUAUAACCGAGUUGCCCGACACGUCGGUAGAAGUAGUUAAAGUUCCGGAAGAGACAACCAUUGAAGAAAUCGAUACACCGGAGGGUAAGUUGACGAUCAACACUACCAAAAAACGCACAAAGAAGACAAAACACAUUCACACGCCACAUGACACAAUAGAUGACACUUUCACUGACGAACCACUUCCACUCACAGACAAACAAGUAUCACAAGAGCAAGCGACGAUGAUCGAAGAAUCUCCCGACACAGUCCAAAUAACCAAGGUUCACACUGAAACUGGUGAAACACGAACCGUCAAAACAAAGAAACCCCGAGUCAAGGGUAAGGACGGCGCUAUUGAAGAAACUCUUGAAAUCACAGAAAUAAGCGAGUUGCCCAACACGUCUGUAGAAGUAGUUGAAGUUCCGGAAGAGAAAACUGUCGAAGAAGUCGAAACACCUGAGGCUAAGUUGACAACCAAAACUACUAAGAAACGCACAAAAAAGAUAACACUAAUUCACACGCCACAGGACUUACAAGAUGACACUGUCACUGACGAGACACUUCCACUCACAGAUAAACAAGUAUCACCAGAGCAAGCAACGAUUAUCGAAGAAUCUCCCGACACAGUCCAAAUAACUGAGGUUCACACUGAAACUGGUGAAACACGAACCGUCAAAACAAAGAAGCGCCGUGUCAAGGGUAAGGAAGGCGCUAUUGAAGAAACUCAUGAAAUCACAGAAAUAACCGAGUUGCCCGACACGUCGUUAGAAGUAGUUGAAGUUCCGGAAGAGACAACUGUCGAAGAAGUCGAAACAUCUGAGGAUAAACAAGUAUCGCCAGAGCAAGCAACGAUUAUCGAAGAAUCUCCCGACACUGUCCAAAUAAGCGAGGUUCACACUGAAACUGGUGAAACUAAAACCGUCAAAACAAAGAAACCCCGAGUCAAGGGUAAGGAAGGCGCUAUUGAAGAAACUCUUGAAAUCACAGAUAUAACCGAGUUGCCCGACACGUCGGUAGAAGUAUUUAAAGUUCCGGAAGAGACCACUGUUGAAGAAGUCGAAACACCUGAGGAUAAACAAGUAUCGCCAGAGCAAGCAACGAUUAUCGAAGAAUCUCCCGACACAGUCCAAAUAACUGAGGUUCACACUGAAACUGGUGAAACACGAACCGUCAAAACAAAGAAGCGCCAUGUCAAGGGUAAGGACGGCGCUAUUGAAGAAACUCAUGAAAUCACAGAAAUAACCGAGUUGUCCGACACGUCGGUAGAAGUAGUUGAAGUUCCGGAAGAGACAACUGUCGAAGAAGUUGAAACACCUGAGGGUAAGUUGACAACCAAAACUACCAAGAAACGCACAAAAAAGAUACCACAUAUUCACACGCUACAGGACUUACAAGAUGACACUGUCACUGACGAGACACUUCCACUCACAGAUAAACAAGUAUCGCCAGAGCAAGCAACGAUUAUCGAAGAAUCUCCCGACACAGUCCAAAUAAGCGAGGUUCACACUGAAACUGGUGAAACUAAAACCGUCAAAACAAAGAAACCCCGAGUCAAGGGUAAGGACGGCGCUAUUGAAGAAACUCUUGUAAUCACAGAUAUAACCGAGUUGCCCGACACGUCGGUAGAAGUAGUUAAAGUUCCGGAAGAGACAACCAUUGAAGAAAUCGAUACACCGGAGGGUAAGUUGACGAUCAACACUACCAAAAAACGCACAAAGAAGACAAAACACAUUCACACGCCACAUGACACAAUAGAUGACACUUUCACUGACGAACCACUUCCACUCACAGAUAAACAAGUAUCACCAGAGCAAGCAACGAUUAUCGAAGAAUCUCCCGACACAGUCCAAAUAACUGAGGUUCACACUGAAACUGGUGAAACUAAAACAGUCAAAACAAAGAAACGCCGAGUCAAGGGUAAGGAAGGCGCUAUUGAAGAAACUCUUGAAAUCACAGAUAUAACCGAGUUGCCCGACACGUCGGUAGAAGUAGUUGAAGUUCCGGAAGAGACAACUGUCGAAGAAGUUGAAACACCUGAGGGUAAGUUGACAACCAAAACUACCAAGAAACGCACAAAAAAGAUAACACAUAUUCACACGCCACAGGCAUUACAAGAUGACACUGUCACUGAUGAGACACUUCCACUCACAGAUAAACAAGUAUCGCCAGAGCAAGCAACGAUUAUCGAAGAAUCUCCCGACACAGUCCAAAUAACUGAGGUUCACACUGAAACUGGUGAAACACGAACCGUCAAAACAAAGAAGCGCCGUGUCAAGGGUAAGGACGGCGCUAUUGAAGAAACCCAUGAAAUCACAGAAAUAACCGAGUUGCCCAACACGUCGGUAGAAGUAGUUGAAGUUCCGGAAGAGACAACUGUCGAAGAAGUCGAAACACCGGAGGCUAAGUUGACAACCAAAACUACCAAAAAACGCACAAAAAAGAUAACACAUAUUCACACGCCACAGGACUUACAAGAUGACACUGUCACUGACGAGACACUUCCACUCACAGAUAAACAAGUAUCACCAGAGCAAGCAACGAUUAUCGAAGAAUCUCCCGACACAGUCCAAAUAACUGAGGUUCACACUGAAACUGGUGAAACACGAACCGUCAAAACAAAGAAGCGCCGUGUCAAGGGUAAGGACGGCGCUAUUGAAGAAACUCAUGAAAUCACAGAAAUAACCGAGUUGCCCGACACGUCGUUAGAAGUAGUUGAAGUUCCGGAAGAGACAACUGUCGAAGAAGUCGAAACAUCUGAGGGUAAGUUGACAACCAAAACUACCAAGAAACGCACAAAAAAGAUAACACAUAUUCACACGCCACAGGACUUACAAGAUGACACUGUCACUGACGAGACACUUCCACUCACAGAUAAACAAGUAUCGCCAGAGCAAGCAACGAUUAUCGAAGAAUCUCCCGACACUGUCCAAAUAAGCGAGGUUCUCACUGAAACUGGUGAAACUAAAACCGUCAAAACAAAGAAACCCCGAGUCAAGGGUGAGGACGGCGCUAUUGAAGAAACUCAUGAAAUCACAGAAAUAACAGAGUUGCCCGACACGUCAGUAGAAGUAAUUGAAGUUCCGGAAGAGACUACUGUCGAAGAAGUCGAAACACCUGAGGAUAAACAAGUAUCGCCUGAGCAAGCGACGAUUACCGAAGAAUCUCCCGACACAGUCCAAAUUACCGAGGUUCAGACUGAAACUGGUGAAACACGAACCGUCAAAAUAAAGAAACCCCGAGUCAAGGGUAAGGACGGCGCUGUUGAAAAAAUUCACGAAAUCACAGAAAAAACUGAGUUGCCCGACACGUUGGUAGAAGUGCUUGAAGUUCCGGAAGAGGCAACCGUCGAAAAAAUCGAUACACCUGAGGUUCAUGAAAAAUCUGAGGAUGGGACGACAGAAGAAGGAAAGGCACCUGAGCAGACGCCUGAAAAGCCUCUGGAACUGUCCACGAAACGUAAACUGAAGCUCAAGCCACAGGAAAUUGAAGUUAUACAAAUAAGCCAAUCUCAAAAAGCGAAUGAGUCGCCAGUACCUCAGUUUACCACCUUGAAACUUAAAAAACCUUCUCAAAAACCUAAAGAAGACGUAAAAGUAGCAACUAUACCCAAAUUCCAAUUAAAAAGCAGAAUAAGAUUCAUAACUGACUGGCCGCCUAGUGUCGUAAAGCCUUUAAUCACUACUAUAGGAAGUAUUAAACAAAACGGUGAACUAUCACGAAAUAUUAAAGAAGCUCAAAAAAUAAAAAAGAAGCUUAAGUUAGACAAAUUAGCGGAUCUAGAUAGAUCUAAUUUAGAACUUGUUGAAGAUAUAUCUUUUGAUAGUAAUAUAGCUUUACCUAAAUCAGAUGAUGGACUGGAAACUCCUAAAGAAAAAAUCCCUGUGGAUAUUGCGAAACCUAAUGAUCUCAAAGAAACCAGCAAAGCUAAAAAAUUGAUACCAAUGAAAAUUGAAGAGAAACUUUUGAAAGUAGAUAAGGCUCAACACGCAGAGAGUACUGAAGGGCCGCAAUUUAUGCAACUUAAAUUAAAAAAGGCUAUUCCAAAACAAAAACAAGAUAACACAAUUAUUAAAAUACCCAAAUUGCAUUUAAAAAGCCGGAUAAAAUUUAUACAUGACUGGCCACCAGAAAUCAAAAAACUAUCAUUCACUAUAGUAGACAGUAUACGACAAAAUGGUAUAUUGUCAAGAAAUAUUAAAGAUGCAGCAAAAAUCAAGAAAAAAAUAAUUAAAGAACCAAAUCUUUCCGAUAUUGAAAAAACAGAACUCGAAAAGCCAAUGUUUACUCAUGAAGAUCUCAUAGAGAGCAAAGAAAACUCCGAGUUAGACGAAGAAACACCGGCAGAAAUUCUGGAACAGUUUACUUUAUUGCCUCGAAAGCCUAGUCUUAAAAAAGUAGAAGAAAUUGAGGAUGAGGUUACCAUAAAAAAGAAACUAAAACCGAUUAGAAAAUCAUCUACUACUUUACCAGAAAUAACAGAACCCGAAAUUGUACUUUUUAGACCAAAAACAACUAAAACGCUCGAAGAUGUAGAACAAGAGUUUAACAUUCAACUGAAUUCGUAUGCGGAGGAAGAAAUAUCUAUGUCAAGUAAAGUUAAAUUGAAACAACCGAAGCUUACAACAUUUGGUGAAGAAGCAAGUGAAACUUCAAUUAAACUCUAUGAAGAAGAUAAUGAGAUACCAGAAGCAAUUGUUAUUUCUGAUACAGAAGACGACCAUAUUAAAGAACCAGUUGAUAUCGUAUUGUCUAUGAAAAAUAUUAAUAGGAAAAAAAUUGAUGAAGAUGAUACUUCUGUUAUAAUAGCAAAACCUAAACCACUUACUGAAAUAUCUGAAAUUAGUGAAGAUGUCAACAUUUCUUUGGCGAAAAAGCAUGAGUAUAUCGUUGAUAAUCAAGAAGAAAUAGCAUUCGAUAUAAAACAAGCAGUUAACCAGUUCAAGGAAGAAGACAUUUCUCUUUCAAGUAAAAUUAAACUGAAAUCAAAAAAAAUGUUAAGUAAAUCGGAAGCUGCUGAUGCAGUUUCAAUAAAACUACUUCAAGAAAAUAUUGAUCAAGAUAUUAACGAAGUCGAUGAAAUAAUUGUAAGUGAUGGUGACGUUGAUGAAAAUGUUGAAAUGGUGAUAAAACGUAAACAGAAAAAAACACCUUAUGAAGUUAAUGAGGUAGAAGAAUUAAGCGUAGACUUAAAGCCAAAAAAAAUCACUUCGUCGAUAUUUGACGAGGAAAAACUUACAGUGUCAACUAAACGAAAAUCAAAGAAACCGUUAACAGUGCAAGAAGCAGACGUUACAAUGAAUAUAUCGAGAGAACAAGAGUUUCCAGAAACGCCAGUAAAUGUUCGAUGUGGAGAUAUAGUAUUUGCAGUUUAUUCAUAUAUUGCAGAAAAUGAUGAAGCUAUAAAUCUGGUAGAGGGCGAACGACUAUAUAUACUGGAUACAACGAACCAAGAUUGGUGGUACGUUCGAAAGCAUUUAACAGAAGAAAUUGGUUGGGUGCCCGCACAAUAUUUAAUGGAUGAAGAAACCUACACCUUAUAUUUACAGAAGAAAUUAAAUGAAAAAAUUGAUAAGCUGCCAGUUUUUGAAAAACCUACAUCGGAAGAACAAGCUAUAGCCCCAAUAUUUGUGGAAAAACUCAGGCCUAAACAUACGCCAGAUGGAUCAACCGUUCAAUUUGAAUGUCAGGUUGAAGGAUAUCCUAGGCCUCAAAUCACUUGGUUCCGACAAACAGCCAUUAUUAAACCGUCCCAAGAUUUCCAAAUGUAUUACGAUGACGACAAUGUCGCAACAUUAGUAAUUCGUGAAGUUUUCCCGGAGGACGCCGGAACCUUCACAUGUGUGGCAAAGAACGCUGCUGGCUUUGCCUCAAGUACUACUGAGUUAAUCGUUGAAGCUCCCCUUUCAGAUCAUGGCUCAGAAAUGACUAUUUUAUCUAGGAAGAGCCUGUCUAGAGAAUCUUCUUUAGCUGAUAUUUUAGAAGGUAUACCCCCCACAUUCUCAAAACGUCCUAAAGCUCAAUACGUUGACGAGGGUUCAGAUAUAUAUCUCGAGUGUCGUUUGGUCGCUAUACCUGAACCAGAUAUAACUUGGUUUUUCAAAAAUGAAGAAAUCAUUCCUAGUGACAAUAUAUCUAUUGUUACUGAAUCAGAUAUGCAUAUGUACUGUAGUGUACUUAAGAUAUCUAAUGUAAGAAAACAUCAAGAAGGGACUUAUACAGUACUGGCAUUAAACAGAGAAGGUGAAGCCAGCUUACCAAUUGUUCUCAAAAUAAAAACAGGCGAGAAGGAGAAACCACAAGUUAUCGAGCCAUUGAAAAAUAUGACUAUAAGGCAGGGUGAAAGUGUUGUUCUUACAACACAGGUGGUAGGAAACCCAGCACCGAAAGUUGCGUGGUUCAGAAACCAUAAACCUCUCAUAUCCCUUCCAAUCAAAUCCGAUGGGAACGUGCACUCAAUAACUGUAAUUAAGCCUACAAAAGGAAAGGAUGAUGGAGUUUAUACACUAAAAGCUGUUAAUUCAGAAGGUUCAACAGAAACUAAUGCUGUUAUUGUAAUAGAAGAACCAACCGAAGAGAAUGCUGAACCUCCACUUUUUAUUCACCGAUUCCAAGAGAUAACAGUAAAAGAGAAAGAAACCAUUAAAUUAAAUGCUAAAGUAACAGGAAAUCCAGUCCCAUCUAUUACUUGGUAUAGAAAUAAUAAGAUUCUUACUCCGUCUGAAACAGUAACACAAAAAUUUGAUGGAGAAAAUAUAGAAUUAAUUAUAACAAAUGUAGAUUCUGAAAUAGAUUCAGGUGAUUAUAAAUGCGUUGCUUCUAACAGUGCUGGAAAGGCAUCACAUGGGGCUAAAGUUACAAUCGAUGUAGAAAAGGUCACUUUUGUAAAAAAAUUAAAAGCAAUUUAUGAAAUAGAGGAAGGCAAGACAGUUAUGUUAGAAUGUGAAACAUCCCACACCGUAUCCACAAAGUGGUAUCAUAACGCCAAGGAGCUAAGUGGCAUGGAUCAUAGAGAAAUUAUUCAAGAGGGUAGAGUUCAUAAACUUAGAAUUAAAAAGGCAAAGAUCACGGAUGAAGGAAUAUUCAGAUGUAUUGUUAAGGACCAAGAAACAAAAGCAAAUCUAAAAGUAUAUGAAACUAAUCCAGAAUUCAUUAGAAGAUUGCAAGAUUUUGAGGUUAAAGAAAGAGAUGUCGCUAUUUUAGAAGUCGAAAUUAAUUCAGAAACAGCUGAAGUUAUUUGGGAAAAAGAUGGUGAAAUUAUUAAACCAAAAAAGAAUAAAUAUGAAUUUGAGAAACGUGGAAAUAUUCGUAAACUACUUAUUAGGAAUACCUCUGUGCAUGAUGAGGGUGAAUAUAUAUGUAAACUGCGAGAUGAUUCUUGUAGUGCUGAAAUUACAGUGGUUGAGUUACCUCCAGAAAUAAUAUCUCGUCUUGAAGACCAAAGAGUGAAUAAGGGUUACAAAGCGACAUUUGAAAUUGAGCUUACUAAAGGCGAUGCUCUCGUUAGAUGGUUUAAAGAUAACUCAGAAAUACAAUUUUCAAAUCAUAUUCAACUGACUAUUGACGGAAAGAAACAAAAACUAAAAAUAUACCAUUGUGACUUAAAUGAUGCAGGAGAGUAUUCAUGUGAAGUAGGAAGUGACAAAUGUUCUGCAAAAUUAAGAGUAGACGAGCCAACGAUAGAUUUUACGAUGCGUCUUCCAGAAGUCAUUACAGUACCAGCAAACACCGAUGCUUACUUGACAGUUUUAAUACCUGAUGAAAGUAAUGAUGUUUUGUGGUACAAACGCAAAACGCUGAUUGAAGAUACAGAUAAAUUUACCUUGAUUAGAGAUGGUAAAAAACGCACUCUAAUUAUUCGGAAAUGCAUUGAAGACGAUCAGUCAGAAUAUUCUUGUGUCUUAUCGGAGGCGAGGUGCUCAACAAAAUUAAAAGUAGAAGUAAUUGAAUAUUCUCCUAAAGUGGUAUCAUAUGAGAAAGAAUACAGAGUAAAGCGGGGUAGUGACAUAACGAUAAAUGUAUUUUAUGAAGCUAAUCCACCACCAAAUGACGAAUGGGUCGUCAGCGCUAAAAUUAUAAAGAAAUCAAAACACAUGAAGCCAUCCAUUGAUUCGAAAGUGGCAAGUCUUAAUAUAAAAAAGAUUGAACAUUCCGAUGCUGGUUUAUAUAGAUUAAAACUUGAAAAUAAUUGUGGUGAAGUGGAAAUUGAAACUAGACUCAUAGUUAUGGAUCUUCCAUCGGCUCCUGGGACUCCCAAAAUACUCGAAGUCGGUGAUAACUUUGUUAAUAUAUUCUGGAGUGAGCCUACUGAUACUGGAUAUUCAGAAAUACAAUGUUAUAUUGUAGAAUAUCAAGAACAGAAUACUAUAGAAUGGAUUUCAAUCGAAAACGUCAAACUAAAUCAAUAUUGCAUAGAAAACUUGAAGACAAAAUCGUCGUAUAGGUUCCGUGUAUUUGCUGUGAAUGAAGUUGGUGUUAGUGAAGCUUCAGAGAUUACAGAGUUCGUAAGAAUUCAAAAAAUAUUUGCUGGAAAACCACCGACCGUAGAAAACCCGCUAAAAGACGUGGUAGCUGAACCUGGUGAGUGUGUGGAGCUGUCCUGUAUAUUCGGUGGAAUUCCCGAGCCAAAAGUAUCUUGGAUGAAAAACGGAAAACAAUUAAAGACCGCAAAAGCUACUUACGUAAACCGGGUAGCCACUCUUGUAUUAUCAUGUUCAAAAUCGAGCGAAGGCGAAUAUAAAUGUAUAGCAUUAAAUGAAUUUGGUGAAAUUUAUACAUCAUGCCAUGUAGAAAUACAACUGAAACCUCUUAUAAUAGUCUCAGAUGAUGAAAAAGAUCAAAAGAGUAAGAUAAACAGUGAAUGGACGGUAGCUGCAUAUAUAGAAGGAAUACCACAGCCAGAUAUUAUAUGGUAUAAAAAUGGUACAAAAUUACAAGCCACAAAAGACAUAGAGAUCACUAACAGCGAAAAUACAAGUACCAUACGUAUAAUACGUUUAAAACGUACGCACAGUGGCAAAUAUACGAUUGAAGCUACUAACAAGGCUGGGAAAUCUUCUAUAGAUCUCUCACUUAAAGUGUUUGACAAACCAAGUAAACCCGAGGGACCAAUUGUAAUGCGAGAAAUAAGUAGGGAGUCCGUUACCAUUGAAUGGAAACCUCCAGUAGACGAUGGCGGACUUGAACUGACUAAAUAUGCUAUAGAGAAACAUGAUCCUGAAGUUGACCAAUGGGUAAUGGUGGCUGACGUCAAUAAAGAUGUAGAAACAUACUGUAUUCAAAGACUGAACGAAAAUUGUGAAUAUAUGUUCCGAAUUAUGGCGCAAAAUCCCAUUGGUGUAUCGGACGCUUUAGAAAGUGAACCGAUAGUUAUAAAGACUGCUUUAGACGUUCCAUCCCCACCCCUGGGUCCUCUCGGCAUAUAUGGUAUUGCCCAAAAUUCACUCACAUUGACAUGGAAUCCUCCUGAAAAGAAUGGUGGUUCCGUUAUCCUUGACUAUACCAUAGAAAUAAAACAAGACAACAAAAGCUGGACAAAUGUGGCUAUUGUACCAGAAACAUUGGCUGAUAUCGAAAAACUCCUAACAAAUUCCACAUAUAAAUUUAGAAUAUACGCUAGAAAUGAAAUAGGAAAAAGUUUACCUUACGUUCCUGAGGAGAAAAUUACAAUUGGAAAGACGUUGUCUCCGCCUUCACGACCGCAAAGAUUUAUAGUAAGACAUAUAACAUCAAGAUCUGUUACACUACAGUGGAUGGUACCCGAUAGUGAUGGAGGCAGCCCAAUAACGAACUACAUUAUCGAAUACAAGACCGUGAAAGGUAAAUCAUGGUCAAAGGUAAAAACAGUUGGCGGAUCAGUAUUCGAGCACUGUAUAGAAAACCUAAAGGAGAAGGAACAAAUCGUGUUCCGUAUAUCCGCUGAGAAUGCGAUAGGUGUUAGUUUGCCCACGCAGUCGCAAAACGUUCGCUUGGACAAACAUGCAACCGUGCCUUCACCACCCACCGCGCCAUUGGAGAUCCGAAUGGUCGGUAACAACAUGGUGAUGACGUCAUGGGGCACACCCGAAUGGGAUGGUGGAGCCCCACUUCAAGGGUACAACAUUGCUAUUCGUGACGUCACAAAGACCAUGUGGAUUGAAGUUGGAAAGGUUGAUGCGAAUAACCUGAAAUUCAAUAUUCGUGACUUGAAUGAAAACCACACGUACAUGAUACGGAUUUAUGCUAGGAAUGAGAUAGGUCUCAGUGAGCCGUUGGAAUCAGAUGAGCCCUUCAAAGUUCUACCUGGUGAAGAUUCUCACUACGACGAAGAGCCGGGCGAGUAUACAGAAGCAACGGAACCGACGUCCUUCAGUCAAACAACGACUUCCUGGCUUCGGGACCACAACAUGGACGCCGACAUCCGAUCAUAUGCCCGAGGCUCCCUGCUUAGGCGGGACGAGUACUUCUUCAGAAUUUGGUACUACGCCAAACAACUGUUCAAAUGAACGAAUCCGUACAUACGUACAAUUACCUGUGAUAUUUCAACACAAAACCCAUUCUAGUUCACGUAUAGUUAUAGUUUAGCGCCAAAGCGUACAUCCUUCAAUGUGUAGUUGAAGAUUAUUUAUUUUAGAGUAGGAGAUUAUUUAUUUAAUUUAUUUUUAUUUUGUAAAUAAAACCGUACCACCAUUUGUUUCUCGUCUAGGGAGACGUUAAUAUAGGUGCAUAAUUUUCAUUUCGAUAAACGAGAUUCAAAUUUGGUCAGGUUUUAUAUUUCAUUAAAAUGUUCAAUAAAUUGCUGUUAAUA